AAAAUUAAUUUUGGCAAGAGAGUGUUUUCUCUCACCAGGGACUGUUUAGGUUUUUUUAUCCUGAAAAAAGUAGAGGGAGUAGGUGACCCAACACCUGUGUUGCCCUCAGUGUCAGUGUAUUAUGUUUGCGCCACAAUGACAUUAAACUUAACAAGAAGAGUUACAUUCAUAAAACCAAGUAAACAUGAUAAAUCAUUCUUUGUGAGUGCUCAGAUGGAUUAUAAUCAUUUUAGUCAACCACAUCCAUCACUGCUGCAAUCACUGCUUGAUCUGAAUCAGGUUUGCUUUUCUUAUCUGAUUCAUCCAGACUCGUGACAUACAGGUAGGCUAUGGCAACUCCACUGAGACAAAAUACAUGCACAACGAGAAAACACACAGAGAAGAAAAGAAUAUUUAUAAAGUGACUUUAACACAAAAGUAGUUUUAUCACCAACUUUUUCUUGUGCAGUGAAUCCACUGUUCAGUUUGUUGCCAUUGCAGCCAAUAUACACAGGAUGGCGCUAUAUCAUUGCCAAAAAAUCCCAAAAGCACCUGUUAGACGACAAAUUUAUGAGGAUUCAAAUUCUGAAGUUGUCAUUCAUUUCGGGUCGGUUGAAAACUUAGUUUUUAUGUGUUUUUACAUCUAAGUUAAGGUUCUUGUUGCUGGUUUGUCAAAAAAGGGUUCAGGUUAAGUCUGGUUACGAUAAAAUGAGUGCAACAGAUUGUUCAAACUUAGAGAAAAAAUGCGGGAAGGGUUCAUUUACCAACUACGAGGCUGUUUUGAUUUGAAAUAAUAGCUUGACUUUAUUUUAAGAAACCAAACGGCAAAGUUUUUGAUGAAUAAAAUCCAAAAAGACGAGAAAACCUGGUCAAAUAUGUGUAUUUUUAGGAUGUAGAAUAAAACAUCCUUGAACAUCCAUGUUUAAACCACAGUUUUGUCUCUUUUGUUGUUAUUUUUAAAUAAAAAAACCUGUUUUCAUAAGCGGCGGACUCGCUGUGUUACUGUUCCUUUAAGAGGGCUGAGCUCUCGCCUGCUGAGGCUGCACCGCACUCUUCAUGUACCUGCUGCCCACUCCGCUCCUGCGUCUUGAUUGGCCGUCUUGGCCGAAAUCCUCUUGAAUGAUUUCAAACCCGAGUGUUUGGACGAGGGAGGAGGGGGGUCGGCUGCUAAUUCCGAGCUGGCUGGCUGGCUGCAAGAGCUUUUGAAUCCUCCGUCCACCACUAACAACAGCACCUUCAGUAAAGAGGCUUAUCCGAGGAGAGCUGCCGUGGACGGCGAAACGCGCACAGGAGAGUCCCACCGACAGGAAAGUAGGCUUCUGGAGGUGUCGCGUUUGUGUUGAUUUACAACCUUUUUCGCUUAGAUUAGAUUAAAUCAGCGGUGAAUGCGUAAUUUAUAGUGUUUGUGUGUGAAUGGAGCGAUGUCCAGUGGAGACGACGGCGCACAUUGCGAUGGGACGCGGUUUGUUGCGCUGACAGGACGCGCAGCCAGGACCUGAUCCAAACAAAAUCUCCGGUAAUCGAUUUGAUAUCAUGUGUUUUGAGUGAAUAUCUGCGAAAAGAUUAGUAAGGGUAAGCAUUCAGUUCAUGCUCGGGUUGCCAUAGCAUCACAUUAAUAUUUUCCUUUUCAUUAUCGGCCUGUUGAAGCAGGAGGGCGCUCAGAUUUUUGGACAAUGUAUUCCCACACAAUCCCGCAACUGAGGUUAGGUUGAGUCUUGAUAGAUAAUUCGAGCCGCUGAUCAAUAACUGAGACUUUAAGCCAAGGCAGUCAUGGCUAAAAAUCCAUCCGAGGGGCAGAAGGAUGAGCUGAGCCAGCUGACGGACGAGGAGCUGCUGCGCUUCAGCAAAGAGGAGCUGGUCCGGAGAUUAAGGAGGGUUGACAGUGAGAAAAUGAACUUGAUGAUUGAGCAUGGCAACAUGAUGAAAGAUAUCAACCGGCGGCUGCAGGUGCACCUGCACGAAAUCCGAAGCUUGAAGGAGAUAAAUCAGAAGCUGCAGGACGAUAACCAUGAGCUCCGGGAGCUCUGCUGCUUCCUGGACGACGACCGACAGAAGGGCAAGAAGCUGUCCCGGGAGUGGCAGCGCUUCGGCCGCUACACUGCCAGUGCCAUGUGGAAGGAGGUGGGUACAUACAUGAUGAAGCUGAAGGAGCUGGAGGCCAACCAGGAGACCGUGUUGAGGGAGAACUCUGAGCUGAAGGAGAUCAUCCUCAUGCUGGAUGAGGAGAGGAAUGGAGCAGGGUCCAGGAGCUCCAUAGACAGUCAGUCCAGUUUAACCAACCUGAAUGGGGGCACCAGCACGGUCAGGGAUGUUGGAGAUGGGAGUAGCACGUCCAGUACGGGGAGUGCUGGUAGCCCUGACCACCACAACCACAACCACAUACACAAGCCCAGCACAGAGAACAGUAAGCUGGGCCCCACCAUGAGGAGGUCCAUGGAUGACCUGUCGGCGCCGCACCACCACAGGAGCAUCCCCAACGGGCUGAAUGGUGAGCAAACUUACAAUCACACCUGUAAAAACACAACUUUUCAACACAAUCACAAACAGAGGCCUAGUAAACAAACUCUCCUCGGCCUUCAGCCAGUCUGACCAAUCAGGUAAAGGGAUUAGUUUGGAAACACAAGCUGAUUGGCCUUGUUUUCUUCAAGUAAACACUGAUUACGUUUGUUGUUUUCAUCAUUGUGUUUCAUGCAAAAUAAUAUCCUCAAAAUUUUAGAUUUCUUGCGAUGGUCAGUGCUGAUGCUGAUAUUGAGUCUUCAGAUAUUAUUUGUGUAUUUUUUUAGCCCGAGCAUUGAUCAGUCUGCCUCACACACAUGCAACCGACCUAAAGGCUAAAACAUACAGGAUGCGUAUUUGGAGCGUGGCAGCAUCGAAUCGAGAGCAGCACCGUUAAGUCGAUUAACGGCCAGUCGAUCCACACAGAGAAGAUCGCUCCAGACAGGAAAUCAUCACAAAAACCGCGCACUCAGUUCGUGUAGAUGAGAAAUACUCCCUGGUCCCUGAUCCAUGUGGACCCCAACAGGACUUUUAACUGCUAUCUCUGUCAGCAUAAAGGAACAUAGUUUACUUUAUUAAACACGAGUAAACCUGCCUUUUCUCAACCGGACCGGUUCGCGUUCACAAAGGCCAAACUCAGCAAAAGCCGUUUGGUGAUUGCUUUGGUAGACGACAAAUUCCUUGGAAUUUUAUCGAUAUCAUUUUUAUGUUGGUGCAGGAGACGCUUUACAAUCAGACGGAACUAAACCAAAACUUUAAAAUCACGUUGCUUUUUCACAUACAGUAGAGGCUCAAUGGUCACUGAAUUAUAUCCAAAUUAGCAUGAAAUCCACCACAGAAAGGGCAAAACAACCUGUUGUGAGCAUGUUGUUGACUCUACACUGAGGGCUGCACUGCGCUGCUGCUACGCUCCAAAUACGCUGAUCCUGUGUGAGAUACCCAAUACACCCCAGUUUCAUCGCUACUAGAGGAUACAGUCGACAUGUUGUGGUGUUACCAUGCGCAUCAGAUUGUACCACCAGCAACAUAUGCUGAUCAAAAUUGCUGUGAAGGAUUAUCAUGGGGGGGUCUGGGCUUAACCUCACUGUAAGUCUUGAUUGGGGUGAUUAUUACACACACACACACACAGACACACACACAGCAUCCUUAAGUGGCCUUUUCAGUCUCACACAACCUCGUCAUUAGAAUCGGCACUGAUUUAGGUCACUGCACUCGUGGUCCUCAAGGAAGAGGACUUAUCUAAAUGGCUUUUAAAGAUGGUGGGGCUCAAGCAAAUUGAUUUUUUGGGGUCAUUCACUGAUUAUCAUCGUCGUCUUUAGCUUUGGAAGAGCUCUCAUGUCUGCUUAGGGCCCGUUUGAAAGGCAUGGCGUGGGACCAGAAAUCAAUGUCCCUGUUUUAAGACCUAAAUACACGGCUGAAAGCUCCGAGCCGGGGAUGAAAAAGCCCUGAUGGAACAGGAGGACACUAAGCCUCGUUUAGCUGGGACACUGGCUGAUAACUCGCCAUGAUCUGUUUGGCAUGGCGAGCAAAUUCUGUUUCAUAGAGGGAGGAAAAAUCCCCCCUCCAUCCAGUUGAAACUUUGUGUAUUUUUAUUUCACCCUGAUUUACAAGGACGGGAGCCGCACAUAGGAGCUCAAAGCAAGCAGCUACAAAUCAGAUUACGCAGGUCACUUGUUAUUCAUGGGACAUUCUUGGCAUGUAGUGGACUGAAAACCGUGAAGGUAACAAAUGCUCAAGGAUGCAACUAAGGACAGCUGAGGGAAUCCGGAAAAACACACAAACACAUAUGCCCUCGCUGGCACACACACACACGUUUUAGGCAGUGUUUGGCUGUCAUUACACAACAUCAAUAUUGUGUCUGCAGCGGCCCAGCACCUCUCUAAGCCGCUGUUUUGCUGGAUGUGUGUGACAUUGUGUGUGUGCAGAUAAACACAAAGAUACACACAUGUAAAAGCUAGCUAGCAUGCAUGGGAAAGACCUGGUUUACAGUGCGUUGUUAAAACCAAUGCAUUGCUAAUGAGAUCGAUGAUAUCUCAUCCCAAACAACCCAAACGACGGCUCUGGCUUUUAUAUAUAGCAAACAACUCCAUGUGGGUAGCAAACAGAGGCGCUGUUUACAUGGCGCUGAAUCACCCAAGAUAGUAAUCAAUAAAAACAACAACAAAGCAAAUACUGUAUUGAUUCUAAUCUAAUGUUACACAAGUUAGAUGAGUGCACCCUGAGGCAGUAUUUAACAAGUACAGAGUGUAAAGCGGCUCGUAUUAAAAGUUUCAUUUCCUGAAGUGUGGUGAUUGUGUCAACAGGCCCUGACUUAUUGGAAAUUUCUCUCCCCCCCCCCUCCCCGAGCGCAGAUUUACUCAUUUGGCCGCUUGAAACCGGAGCAGAGUGACCAUGUUGUGAGGUCAGAUGUGCUCGCGGUGUGAGGUCUGCAGAGUCACUUUAUUUAAUGCUGUGUAAAUGCCACGGGCUCCCCUGGGCAUUUAGGAGACAAGCUCGAGGAUCGCCGCGCAAGUGCUAAAUGAACAGCAUCUGUCAGGGUGCCAGACAGGGAGGAAGAGGAGGAGGAGGAGGAGGGUGGAUUGUUGGUGUCCUGGUAGUGAAAAAAACUUAUAUUUUAUGGAUACAGACUUUUGUUUUGUUUAUUUAUGACCAGAUUUGAUGGCCUUUUCGUACAUUUGUGAAUCUAGGAGCGCACCCUUUUAGAGGAAGCAGAGGCAUUUGGAGAGGAGUGUAUAAAAGGGGGGCCCAGCGAAGGUCUCUCAAUAGGUUUUGAUGGUGUUGGGGGAGUGUCUGAGGGGUGGUAAGGGGUUGGCUGGGAGGCCUGGGGGAGGAGCAGUAGGGAGCUGUUGGAGGGCAUAUUGAGCUCCAAGGAGGCUGGGUUUCGGAGACAUCCUGCUGUCUGCUUAAUUGAAUUUCUUGUGCGUUGACACGGUUGGCACCCCCCCUCUUUCCCCCAAUCCUCUUCCUUGGGGGACACAAGCUGCGUGCUUCUGUGUGUGUGUGUGUGUGUGUGUGUGUGUGUGUGUGUGAGGGCACUGAAGGCUUCUGUUAAGACGAAAUAAAAGAAGAGAUCAGCGGGGGCUGCAUUAAACCGCACAGUUUCAUAACCUUUAGCUGUGACUUCUAUUUCCGGACUUCUCUGUGCUUGCAUUCACUUUAGGUGGUCUGGAACACAAUUCCAGUCAAAGACCACCUGAAAUAUGAUGCUGUAACCGAGAGCUAGCACUGGGUUCUCAUAUAGUUCAGACAAAGUGGCCGUGAAAAGACCCCAAAGUGCUGCUUUGACAUUGUCCAGAUGAAGUGAUAAAGAUCCUCUCUGCAGUAAUGCUUGUUGACCUUUAGCGGACCCCCCCCCCCCCCAUACGAGCUCCUGGCCUUGUAGCUGCCAAAUGGCUUUAAAGGUAGUGUGUUUGUUACUCAGCAGGUAAAGUGACUCUUAACAAGCCAGGGAGCAAGGUUUCUCAAGCAUGAAGCCGAGGAAUUAUUCAUGUUUGGUUAACUUCAACAUAUCAUGCUAAUUUUACCACGGUUAAAAGGACAGUGCAGCGGGGGGACUCGAUUUUGUAUUCAAAGCCGCAGAAAGUUAACCCUUCGCAUGAUUUUACACACUUCUGAUUUGCUUUCAUUUUCAGUGCAUGAAUGCCGAACACUUCGACUCCCUUGUUGACUUAAGUUGAGUCAUUGCAUGCACAUGGGGUGACACAUGUAGUCGGCACUAAUGCACGGAAAUAAAAUGUGUUAAAUAAAACAUUGAUUCAGUGAAUGGAUUUUAGUCCCGCUGUGCAGGGCGCUGCUGAGGGUAGUUAAAGCACAUGCAUGCAGCUGUAAUGGCUCCAUCUUUCACUUUUACUCAAAGUGGUGUUUGUUUGUUUUUUCGUGUGCGUGCCAGAGGCCACAGAGAUGUUAAUUCAACACAACUUUUGUUGACUGAUGGACUCAGCACACCGAAACAGAAAACCUGCUUUAAUGAAAGAACAACAAUGGCUCUCGUCCUCCCUCUCCUUCCCCUCGCUUCUCGGGGAGUGAAAGUGAACUUUGAUUCUAGUUUAAUGUCAUUAACACUUACACACAAUGAAUAUUGUUUACAGUUUCUCAGGAACUAUACCGUGUAUCACUAUGGUAUAAAAAGUGUUCAAAAGCUUACCCUCUUGGUGAUCUAUUUAGGGUUUCCAGGCAUUUCUACACCUGCCACAAGGUUUACAAUCCAGCCACAAAAAUAGGUGUUUGAUCAGAGAUGUUUGAUGGUAAAUCCACAAUGAUAUACUGGUAAAAACAUAAUUAUUUAACAUAUUAUGCUGCUAAUAUCUUCUGGGUUUGACAAGCUGUUUUGAUGACGUCUUUUUCUGUCAAACUUUCGACCAAUCACAUGGCCUCAUAUUCUUCUUCUAUUGUUCCCUUGAUGGUAGUGUCCAAUAAGAGGCAACUAAAGAUCAACAAGAGGCUAGAAAGUUCCCUGCUUGUCUGCAAAAUAAGAAAUAAUGGAGAGAAGCGAUUAUGAGCAGAAUGAUGUGGCCCUCGGUCUCAUCCCAGACAGGAACUGCUUCAAAAAGUGGCAAAAACAACUGUAAAUAGCAAAAAACGCCUGGAAGAACUAGUAUAAAUGUGUAAAUAGUUUCUGUUGUGUUUUAGUUCCAAUCCCAAUAUUUCUUAUCCUGAUAACCAAGACUUGAUAGAAUGAUGUGCAGGUGAGAAAAGGCUUGGUCACUGUAGAUUUAUGUGUUUUUUGAGCAAAGUACUGUUGGUAACAAUUUCGGUUUUUGUUUUUUGGUUGACUUUGAUGGUUCUGAAACUAAUGUCACAUUCAUUUUACAUAAUUUAUGCACCAGUAAACUGACAGCUGAGGUUGUCCUGAAAGAAAAAAAAUAUGUGUAUAUAUUACAAUAUCUGUAAAAACAGCAGGAAACUGUGGGAACCUGCUACUGCCGGUAUCUGUCUUCCGGCUAGUUGAUUAGCUCUUAGCCUCCCUGUUAACCACCAGUGCAUCAAUAAUCUUCAUAAGCCAGUUAUUCCGCGUCGAUAGAUUUCCCUAUCUUCCUGUGCCUGUUGUGACUUGGCCAUAACACCGUGUUACGCUUCACGAGCCUGUCAGUACCUUCGUCUGCUCGUGGCUCUCCGAAACCAGUCCGAUAGGUUGAUGAUUCACGGCGGACAGGGCUGAUCAAACCCUCAGUCGAAUUUGAGUCAUGUGUUUAGUUUAGUUUGUGUUUGUACAUUAAGCCCUUUACUUACCUGACUCCAGUAAACUGUGCCGGUCUUUCGCUCUGCUGAGUCACCCUUUAAAGCCACUCACUUAAGCCGAAAUUAGGCUAAAUUAGUGCCAAUUAACCCACUGAGAGGUCAUAAAUCUGUGUGUUUGAACUGGGGUCAUUAUCACUCCGUCUGUAUGCGUGUGUAUGUGAUGUUCGACUUUUUCCUCUUUCCUCUCUGUCACUUUUUUUUUUCCAGUUUACAUUUCUUUUACCCCCGGGGAACGACAUGACCUAAAAGCUCACAAUGCAAUCGUAAAACCAGCCCUCCCAGUCGGCCACCAGUGUGCGCCUCGUCUGUGUCAGUGACUUGAUAUUCCCAUUCAUGUUUGACUCGAGUGUUUAACCCUCUGAGGUUAAUAAUUAGUGGGCUUUUAAAGUCUCUUUCUGUAGAGCAAUGAGGUUACUACUUAUGAGACAAUCACAGCAAAAGUCUUCAACACCUAGUUUGAUUCUCAGUCAGGGCUCCCGGUAUCUCUUGUGUUUUCCUCAAACAAACAUCAAUCAAUUACAGGCAGCUUAUCAAAGUGAGUUUCUCAGCGUGAGCUCUCUUCUCAUUUCAAAGGAAACCCUUGCAUCAACAAAACAAUGGUGUUUUUCCUCAUGGCUGUGGUUUCAAGUCUUUGUGUGGCAUGUCUGCGGGCUGCGAGAGGCGUGCAAGCAGGAAUAGGAUGUGUCUGUCGCAAAUUUCCUGUUUGUCCGCGCUCUCAUUCAUGUUUGUUGGUUCCAAGAAGCUGACUAUGUUGUUUUUUUUGUUGUUGUUGCGGCCCCACCCUAAUGGUUUCUUUUACACCUCUAUCAAAACUCCAAGAGGUGCAACGUCAGCAAAAAAGGGCUUGGCAGCUCAACUAAAAGUACAACUUAGAGGAUUAACGUAGUUUGGGAAAUGAUGAAGAUGCUUUCGAUCGUGUCAAAACAUGCCGUAGCUGUAGUUAGGUUUGAUCGUUUUUAAGUUUCUCUCUUUAUUUCUGUUAUGUUUUAGGAAUUUUACGGUAUUUAAUUUUAUGAUAAUAAGCACACAAUAUAGUAUUGUAUGUUACACUAAGAUUAUAAUACAGUACAAUAUGAAAGGAUUUGUUACAAUGCAAUAUGAUAUCCCAAACACCUGAUGCUCCCUAUAAUUAUAUUACUGCUCAAUGACAAUUGUACGAUAAUUAUUCUGUCAAUCGUAAAGAUUAAAUUAAUCAAAGAGAACAAAUGUCACGAUACGAUACGAGACAUUACAAUAUGGUACGACAUGAUACAGUACAAUAUAACAUGAUACAAUAUGAGACCAUACGAUAUGAUACGAUACAAUACAAAACGGUAUAUGAUACGAUACGACACAGUACAAUAUGAGACGAUAUUAUACGAUAUGAUUUGAUACAAUACAAUAUGAUAUGAGACAGUACAAUGAUACGAUAGGAUAUGAGACGAUACGAUACAAUACAAUACAAUACGAUACGAGACAUUACAAUACAGUACGAUAUGAUAUGAUACAGUACAGUACGACAUGAUACAAUACAAUACAAUAUGAUAUGAGACAAUACGAUGAUGGUUUGACAUGAUGCAAUGAUAUAUGACACGAUACAUUAUGAGACGAUGCGAUACAAUACAAUACAUUACGAUAUGAUACGAUACAAUAUGUCAUGAUAUGAUAUGAUACAUUACGACACAGUACAAUAUGAGACAAUACUAUAUGUUAAGAUACGAUACAAUACGACUUGAUAUGAUACAAUACAAUAUGAUAUGAGACGAUCCGAUACGAUACAAUAUGAUAUAAUACAAAGUUAGGACAAUGAUAUAUUGCUUAGUUAUAUCUGUCCCUGCCCUGUUGUUUAGAGCUACAGUGUGUAAAUUAACCUCACUGAUGAACUGGUUUGGAUUCUGUAAUCUAAAUUUGAUUUCCUCUUUGGUUAAAUCAAUCCUCUCUCUAGUUUGCGCCCUGUACUUUGUUUGAUAGUUUCCCCGGCUUGUAUUUCCCAGCACCCAGUGUGCUGCACCCCGUGUGAGGCUUGGCCUACUGAUAACACAGAUAAUGGAGUAGAAACACACUCACACACACAUACAUGCAUGCACACACAAUAGAUACACACAGGAGAGUCUGAGAGAAAGAGCCAUGGGGGGAGCUCUCAGCUGUGUACUGUCAAUGAAAAGCCAGCCUGUCAGGACGUCCCACAUUCCUGGAUAAACAAAAGAGGAAGUGGGUCUCUCUCCUCAUAGUGUCACAGCAGGAACUAGACUGCACGGAAAAGGGAAGAAAGCGUGUGUCUCGGGGUCACUUUUUGAACUCUUACCUCCCCCUGUCUUUCCUUAUCUGAGACGCUCCUCCAGACUUUUCCUCUUCCUCCGGCUGCACUCAUCUUUCCCUCCAGAUUCCUGUGAACCUGCUGUCGGAUCAGCGGUCCGUUCUUUCCCAUCAUUGCAACACUCAGCCGACAGAAUGAGGUUAUAGAGCCAGACUGAUACGGACCCUCUGUGAAAUGAAAUGCCAGGGCCAAGUUUAUGAAAACUUCUGUGUGGUCUCAGUGAAAUAUUUCUCUUUCUUACCACCAAGUGAAAACAAAUGUUGCCCUUCAUCCCAAACCCCCAUUCCCUGUGCAGCUCUAAAAGUGUGGCCCUUUUUUCCCCAGUCGCUGGGCUGCUGGAGGGGCUGGGGUUGCUCAGUCGCCUAGGCAACAACAAUGAUCAGCGGGGCGAGUGGACGGCACCCACGCCUAGCCUCAGAGUCACUGGAGCGUAGGGGGAGAAAGAGAUAGGGGGGAUGGGGAUACAUUGGGGCAUGGUCGGCCUCUGUGCUGGAUGACCCGUGCAGAAUAAUGCUAGUAAGAGCUGGGUCAGCAUUGUGUGUGUGUUAGUGUGUGUGUCUGCAUGCUAUAGCUCAAUAACAGGAGAGACAAAAAGGGCGUGGACCAAGUAGACACAGAAGUUACCUUUACUUAGACGUAGCCUGCUUUUGUAUCUAAAAUGAGUACUUUAAUCGCUAAAUAGCCAGAUUCAACAAAUGUAAUGCCCACCUUAAUACCUUGGCUUAAAAGUAAUUAAAAGAAGCUUUUUUCAACACUUAAAGGGAUAUUCUGGCGUAAAAUUAAUUUAGAUUCAAAAACACAGCAACAACUAGUUAGACACCCCCUCAAGAGGUGAAUUUUGCCGACUGCUUGGUUCUCUAGUUAGUAACACUCCAACUUUAGUAACGACCGCACAAUAGCAAUACACAGCGGUCUGAGGAGCCAUCAACAAACCUCAACCAAAACGCCACUCUAUAGCCACAAAUAAUGCUCAGAACAGCACCUAACUUCAUCAACAUUUCUAGCCAUAGCACUAGCCACCAAACAUCUCUGUAGCUUUGCCUAAUUUCUUUAACAAAGAGACUGAUAACAACUGACCUACUCUCUUCCAGCAGCCGCUUGUUUGUAGCAAGACCUUGGGCCAGUCCAUUACGGACUGCAGCGGGGUGUCUCAGCUCAAGGAAGAACAUUUAUGAUCAUUUCAAUAUGGAAAUGCAAUCAGACAGAGGCGCUAAGACAGAAAAACUAUCACGUCUGCAGUGCAAAAUGAUUAAUAUGGUGAUUAUUACGUCAAGGAAAUAAUAAAGAAAUGAUCAUAGAUGUUCUUCCUUGAGCUGUAGUCUGUGGUGGACUGGCCUGAGGUCUCCCUUCAAACAAGCGGCUGCUGGAAGAGAGUAGGUGAGUUGUUAUCAGUCUCUUUGCUAAAGAAAUUAAGCAAAGUUAAAAUUUGUUUGAUGGCGGGUGCGUUGACUAGGACCCUAUAUGUCCUGUUGAUGAAGUUAGGUGCUGUUCUGAGCAUUAUUUGUGGCUAUAGAGCGGCGUUUUGGUUAAUGUUUGUUUAUGGCUCCUCAGACUGCUGUGUAUUGCUAUUGUGUGGUUGUUACUAAAGUUGGUAUAACUAGAGAAGAAAGCGGUCCGUAACAUUCAUUUCUUGACGGGGUGUCUAACUAGUUGUUACGGUGUGUUUGACCCUAAAUUAAUUUUACGCCAGAAUAUCCCUUUAAACAAAUAUAAUGCCCACCUUGAUACCUUGGCCUAAACGUAAUUUAAAGAAGCUUUUCCAACACUUUUACGUUUUCGUAAUUCAGGUCAUUCUUCAAUUGUUGGCUCGUCCUUAGCUGACUAAAUCAGAUUUUUAAAAGUUGUACUCCACCCUUGUCAAGACCCGCAUUGAUCUAUGUGAUAAAUCAGCGAUAAAUAACCUAUUAAGAUGCAAACUAGAGUCACAGAAGAAGUGCAGUCGAAGAGACAGUCUGGGUUCAGGUGUCAAAAAACCCAUCUGGGGGUUACACCACAAACUCACUAUCAGCAAUUUGUUCCCUGUCGAUGCUACACACCCGGUGACCUUCGACAACAGUACAGUCCCGGGUUGCCAAAAGUCAGCAGCUUUAGACAGAACACUUCUUCAUCAGCACUGGGAGGAAGAAGGCGUUCAUCUGGAUUUUCUGCCUGUCAGCUCUUUGCUUCAGGUUGCUGUGACAUUAGAGACCGGAGUCAGCAGAUGUCUUCACCUUGCUUGCAUUCAGAUGCUGCCGUCGCCUCAUUUUCGCUCGUAUCUCUAACAGUUAUAGAUUGUUUGCUGGUGCGGUAGUUCUCCCGAAUGCAGACGUGGGACCACUUAGCGUUGGCCCCAAAUGGAGAGGCAUCAUUGUGCUCAAGUUGAGGGACAUAAAUCCUCAUUUAUAAUGUUUCGCAAACAUUUAAGCUGACGGGGAAAUCUGUUGCGCUGUCACGACGAUGAAAUAUUGAAUCACUUGAUUGGGUGCUUGGAUGAUAACUUCAAAGUUUGUAGUUAAGACAUAGCUGGAGCGGCUACAAAAAUGUGAAACUGGCAGGAAAACCGCUAGAUGGAUGAGAUAAUGUGAAGAGUUGAUGGUCGACUCGAGCAUCUGGAAUGAAUUGCCCUGCCUCAAUAUUGCUUGUCUAUCCUCUGGAAGUUUUUUUGGAUGGUUUCAGGUAACCUUACUCUGCUGGUCUGAAGGCUAAUUUCCUCUCGCAGGCCCCGGGUUUCAGAGCCAAGACUAGGCUGUGUAAGUUGGGAAAACAUGUAUCUGUUUUGCUUUGGGAUAGAGCUCGGGGAAAGACAUUUUCAGUGAGAGGCAACAGUUAAAACUUCUGGAAAAGAAAGCGAUCAGUCACAGGGAUUUAGUUUGUGUUGGUGUGCGAUGUAUGCUGACUGAAAUGCUCGGCGGUUUUGCGGACAUGUAAAGAAUUAUCCGACAUACAAGUGGAAACAUGCACAUGGUAUGUAGGAGUCUUGUGUUACAGUGGAAGAGGUUACCGGGUUUGAGGGGUGCAGCGUCACCCUCCUACUUUCAAUAAUGGCCAUCUGUGACUGUGAGUGGAGCAAAGUGCUGUACCACAUAACAUUAGAGGGAUGGAGGAAAACAUACGGAUGGAUCUGUCUCUUUCAACUUAGUAAGUAACGAUAGAAAUCAAUCUUUUGCUUUAAAACGAAAUCUCUGAUCUGUUACUGACAAAAACAUCUGUUUUUUGUUGCACUGUCAGCCACAAAUGGGCCUCAGGGAUGACACUGACUUAAAUAUCUGUAGAGCAGCCAUCUAUUUAUUGGAAAUACAUGGGUUCAUGUCUUCAUUUAUGCCCGGAAAGCCAUUAAAAUUCCUAUUACAGCUCUAUUUUUAAGUAUUAAAUAUGGAAAAUGAAGCAGUCUUAAAAAACGAUACCAAACAACGCAUUUUUGCACGCCUAGCUAGUGCCAAUCAUGUCUAUAGCCACACAGUAGAGUGUAGGGCUGGGCGAUAUGGCCUCAAAUCAAUAUCACGACAUAUUGAGCAUAAAUGGACGAUAACUACUCCACCAGCUGCUCAGCCCCUCCCACAUUAACAUGUCAAGCUACGUCAACUUUUGAACCGUCCUCCAUCUCCUCACCUGUCUUUCCCUCUUUGUUACGGACUGGAUGGGGUGGAGUCACGACCAUAGCCUACCGACACACAUCCAAAACCAACUUUAUUUAUUUUUUUGUAUGUUUUUUUUUUCUGUAUAUUAUUUUUUCUGUAUCUGUAUCUGUAAAUUUUUGGUUUAUCGCCCAGCCCUAAUAGAGUGUAUUUUAUUCAAACUUAACCCAUUUAAUCUUUAAAUCUUUAACUGAUGCCUUUAUACUCGAUUACUCGAAAUCUGGCUGGUUAACACUUUUGUGAGGCGCAAUCAGAGUGAAGCUGCUUCUAAAUAUGUAUUGAAAGCAAAAAAACUUUAAAGGGGUUUUUAAUUCGGAGUUCAAAUUUGGGCUUCAUGGAUGGAGCAGCUGCGCUAAUUCCAAAACCCAGACUUGAGUUCUGGUCAAUACCAAAUAUCCCUAUAAAAACUGAUCAGUUAUCCUGGAACUUAUUUGAACUUAUUUUUUCUGUAUCUGUAUCUGUAUCUGUAAAUUGUUGGUUUAUCACCCAGCCCUAAUAGAGUUCAUUUUAUUCAAACUUCACCCAUUUAAUCUUUAAAUCGUUUAACUGAUGCCUUUAUACUCGAUUACUCUGGUCUGACAGAUGACGAGUAGCUGCACCACGAGGCUUUGAAUCGUCGCCGUCAUAAUUCCUUUUGUACUUUUCUGCGUUUUUACUCGGAAUGACUCAUCUGUUUUUCCCGUGUCCCGUUGCGCUGCUGCUCAUGAUGGAUUCUCAGAGACGAUCUGAUCGCCCUCAGAAACAUAUUCGGACAAAACCCACUUAACGCGGGGCUCGGCCUCGGAUUAUAAGGUCCGAUCAGAGUCAUUAUUUAUUCGAGCGUGGCCAAAUGUAGAAAGUUCGAUUCCAUCAAUGCGACUGUUAGGAUCGUAAAGCGCUUUAGUGAAAGAAGAUCAUAUGAAAAUGAUCAGACCAUAUGAAAGUACAGGCUCAGUGAAAGGGCCAAGGACGGGUUCAGAGCCAAACGCACUUUAUCCUUUCAUUUAUUCGCCUUGAUUUGACAUUCAUGGUAUUAGUAUUAAUGUUCUCGGAACAACCAUAAGGGAUGUCCACCUGAUUAUCUCAAACUCUGGAGCUGUUCCUGGGUUUCCCUUAAAUCCUCUUUAACUCACUGAUCACACACUGGAUGUCCACGCUGAUUGAUUUUAUAAAAGCAGAGACUAAGUGAGUUUUCACAGACUCUAGUUAAAAGUUUGAGUUUUCCUCCAACCCUCUCCUGCUUCGACUGGAGUCAGUUUCCGUCAAGGAGGCCAUUACGGCUCGUUAUAAAGUUGUUAGGCGAUAGAUGAGGCAAAUAAGGCCGGUUAUUCAUCUUCAGAGGGGAGUCAUGCAGCAUAUUCACACUCGUCUCACUCACAUGCUGAGAGGAGACGACGUUUCUGACAGUCAAUUAUAGCCGUUUUCUCCUCUCCAGCGCUGUGGCCUCUUUAAUUCAGAUCUCACGCUGCUCCUCCACUCCUCUGCUGCUGCUGUUUUUGGACAGUUCAUCAUCAGCACAUUUUAGAUCACGCACUCGCCGCGGAGCUACAAAGGCUGGUUAACACUUUUGUGAGGUGCGAUCAGAGUGAAGCUGCUUCUAAAUAUGAGUUGAAAGCAAAAAAACUUUAAGGGGGUUUUUAAUUCGGAGUUCAAAUUUGAGCUUCAUGGAUGGAGACUCGAGUUCUGGUCAAUACCAAAUAUCCCUAUAAAAACUGAUCAGUUAUGCUGGUGGGAAAAGACUGGAACUUAUUUGAACUUAUUUUCGUUAUCCCAGUCAUGAUGCAUGGAUAUCUUCGUCUGCAGGUGUAAUCAAUUAAAGCUCCUAAUUAGCCAAUUAACGCAUCACUCUGACGCUGCACCAUCCUCACUUACUCGGUUCAGGACCGUUUCUUCCUUUUUGCUCCAAAAUAGAAACCUCCUCAGCAUUGAUGUAUCACUGUUGCCACUAGCAACCUGUUUUUAGAGCAACAAAAAAAGCUUGAUUUACAUAAGAGUGUAAAAAAAUAUUGAUAUGGAGUAUAAAAAUAUUUGAUAUCUUGAUAGUUUGUCCGUUUCCUGCACCUGAAAAUAUCUCCAGAGGGGAAGUUUGUGGAUGCUCUCAACCAGAAUGGAGCAUACAAAGAACUUUAGGGUCAUAAUGAAAACUGAUCAAAUAAUCUAAUAAUAAUAAUAAUCGAUCAAAUAGUCUUUUGGUCACAUGUCAUGGAAGCUAUUGAUGAAAAUGUUCAAAAUUUGCCUUUAAAUUUAACACAAAAAUGUUUAGAGGACAAAUUAGAGAAAUAAAGAGGCGUGUCUUAUUGGUCGACAGAAAUACUAUUAUUUGAAAUCAAUUUUAGGUCAAUUGGUCAUAUGACAUGGAAACAGCCUUUUUGGAGAACUUCAUACAGUAAUUUUUUGACGGUCCCUUACAUUUAACCGCACUGCUGUUGCUAUUCCCCGUAUAUGGAGAGUGAGAAGUAGGGCUGAAACGACUUAGCCUCUGAGUCGUAGGUGGAGACAGCGCUGCUCUGCGCACUUCUGCAGAAGCAGGUAACAUUGGAGCUAUUCAACUCCUGGACACUAAUGUCUUUAGGGGCAUGAUGAAAGUUAACAUCAUACUUAGCUUUCUUACGAGCGUUGCAAUCCGCUAACGCACAUGCUUGCUCCGCCUUUAUUCUCUAUUUCUCCGAGUCUGGCUGUAGGAAAUCUAACUUUAUGUGAGUCUGCUGUUUGGGUCUAAUUACUCGAGUAAUCGAUAUAAUAUCUGGUUGAAUACUCGAUUACGAAAAUAUUCCAUAGCUGCAGCUCUAGUGAGAAGACAGCGGUAGAUCUGCAGUGAAUGUCCAUCGAAUAUCCAACCUAAAACUAACUUCACCGCUGUGUUAACAUGGGAAAACAUGUUGCCUCGCCUUGCCUUUACUCUUCGCACAGAUCAAUUUUUAGACGCAAAUGCGAGUGAAACGGUCGCACUGUCGAGCCCUGUCGUGGAAAGUCUCAACCAGUCGGGACUCAUUCUGUCUAAAUUGGUUGUAAUUCAGCAUCUCUGUUGCAUUUAUUCUGUUUUAUACUGGAGUGUUUGAGAUACUUGCAGCCUGCAGAUAGAUGAAGUGGUGAAUAUCAUACUGCACAGAUACUUGCAAUCGGUGGAAACUCAGCUGUGAUAUCCUUAAUGGUGUCUGAAUGAUAUUAGACUGAUGAGCGAACUCGAUGAACCCGCCCACGCAUCGUUUCUUUGAUGGUUCCUCUCCGUCUGGUGGCUUUCCUCGUCACUAUUUUAGAUCUCGAUCUUUAAAUUAUUAGUCGAGUGCCAAAAUCCAGCCAACAGGGAUCUCCAGAGAUGAUUUACAGCCUGUUAUCUACUCUACAUCCUCUCUGUCUUCCUGGCUGUGUCCUCUCAGUUGACAAUAGAUGUAAGGGGAUUAAACCAUCAAUGCUGUAGCUGCGCCUUUGCUCUCUGAAACGUGCCAGCGUUCGGAGGGGAGGGCUCCUCCGUUAAAAGGAUUGAGGAGCAGGAUCCGGCGCUGUAUUUCUGCCCACCGCUCUUUUAAAUACAUGGCACGUAGCCCUGCGUAUGAUAUGCACUGUAUGAACAAAGGCGCUUCUCUUACACCCCGUAGGAGACGUCGCAGUGUUAAACGGCACGACGCGCGCUUGAUGAAAGUGCACUUAUUAGGGUGCAACAGGGUGCCUCAUCAGGAAGUGGAAGUAUAACGGGGCGUGUUGUGGAGCGGAGGAUAAAGAAAGAUGCAAGAUUGAAGAUCCAGGAGCAACGGAGGACAGCGCAGAGCAGACAGCCUUUGCUUGUUGCUAGGAUACCCUUUAUUCAGUAUUAUGGGGUGGGCUUUACGAUCCUUUUCUACGCUGUCGCAUCUCUUUCAGCUGUGUGAAUUCCUACGGUAGUCGUAAAUUCCCCCCCCCUCCUCGAGAAGUUCGGCUCUUUUUGUUUAGGUAACUUCGACACAAGUUGGAUCUUGUUGCGCAGGAAUGCGUCCAGAUCCAGGGGUUUACUUACCCCCUUUAGGAGAUUCUAGGCUGUGCACCUGCAGGGCCUUCUUGUACCGAGUUCAUGUGCAACAAACAAAAGCAGUCAGCAUAAAACGAGAAAGGACGAGGAGGGUGCUUGACGCCAUGUGCUACCGCUUAGUUCUUCUCCAGAUCCGUGCCCCACAUCCUGCAGUAUUUAUACAACAUGGAUGGAGAUGAACGGUGCCAUGUGAUUUUUCCACACAGAAGUUAUUAGUUGACCUCUGCUUGAGUGGAAAGUAUCAUAAAAAGCCCGCCGAGUGAAACGACAGCUGAAGCAUGGAACCGAUUCCUUUUGCGUUGAUGGUGUAUUUACCACAGUCAUGGCAGCGCGGUUCACCAGACGGGUGGAAAGGCUGACGGAGGAGGUUUAAGAGGAGCCCACAUCAGUGGCCACAAGCUGACGGAGCGCUGAGGAAGAAGGGGGAAUCUGAGAAAUGUGGAGCGCCGAGUCCAAAUGUAGGACAGGGAGAAGUGGAGUGAUGAGGUUAUGAGAGGUAAAGGUAGGAGAAGUAAGGAGGUGAGACGGGAAGAUGAAAGAGAGCGGGAAGGGAAACUGAGGUGAAAAAUGUCGAAACGGGGCGCCUUGAAAAGGAGGAGGCGUCGAUGAGUCGAAAAAUAAAAGCUGGGAACAAAAGCUUGAGUGGAAAAGAAAAAAAGAAAGAUGGCAUUUUAUUGAUGGCACAGCUGGAAAAAAGGCAUCUGUGAAACCUCAGCUGUUGUCGCCGAGAGGUAAACAGCGCGGAUAUAUCACUGCACCUGCAGAGCACUGAUAAAAGGCAUCAAACACAGACUGCUGAACUUUUGUACUUUACAGAUAAGUUCAUAUCUCAACAAAGAGGUUCAUUUUAUCUUCAAUCGAUGUAAAAGUAGAGUUUUUGACACCGCCAAUACAUAAUGAUCAACAUUUAUCAACUAGAAACAGAUCUGACAAUCACCAACAUAUCGAAGGACAGGUUUGAGACUUAAUCUCGCCAAUUUAUGAGUUCGUUUUGAUGUAUUUUUUACUUUUUUCUCAUUAAUUUAUGACCCGUUAGUCUUUCCUUGCAUCUCGUUUUUUCUUUCCAACAUUAACCCGACUCUUAUCCUGACCCAGACGUCGAUACUUCCCAGACAAUUCAGGGGUUUUUGUGAAACUAAGACGAAAUUCCUCCUUUGCUGUAAGUACAUACACAAAAGUAAACAAACUGUACACUCCCUCUGCACAUUCCUGCAGCUUAAUCCAACAGGCCCAACUCUAUUCAAAUCUCCGUAGACCUGCUUAUUACCCCGACUGUUUCUCACAACUGAUCCAACCCAAUCCUCACAUGUUUCAGCGGUGGUCUCGUGUCUCGCGCUCAGAUUUAUGCUCUUUCAUUUCGCGAUUACCGUUGUGAAAUCGUGAUUAUUGCGAGGUUACAGAUGUCACAUCGAAAGAAAGAGUGAGCUGACAGGAACUUGGAUGAGAGGUAAAAGAGAGCGCAGCCUAUUGUCAUUAGGUUUGUAAUAAAAACGGAGAGUUUGGUUAUGUAAGUCAGACGUCAGCGUCUGUGAGCAUGACCUGUUGAUGAACUGCAUUAUGGGAAUCCACAUGUGAGUGGAAACAUGGGAAGGAGGGAGUCAGGAGUUUGUGUAUUUCAGGGAGAUGUGCAACAAUGCGGUCUUUCUAUUAUUUAUACAUUUCUAGGCCAUGCAGAAGUUCAGACAAAGGACACAUGAUGCAACGAGUGAAUGCAGAGGGACAUGGUGAAGCUUGUGCAGUGAUCAGUAUGGAAACAUCGACCUUUAAAAUCACAAAAGCAGGCUGGCCUUUUUUGUUUUUUCUUGCACAGGAUAAUCCGUCCAUUCCUGGUCCACACGUAGAUUAGCACAAUCACACUUCUUGGGGGAAUUUACAGUCAUCUGGUGGACUAAUGUUUGUGUCUUUUUGGGUGGUGUAGACAAAAAAAAAGUUAAUUUAAAGAGCCAUUACAGUUAAAAAUGACAAAUCAAGUCAAAUUUAUAAGCAGUAGAUUGUAGUGAAGGACAAAGAGCGAGCAUAUGUUCCUAUUUGCUAAUCUGGAGCUUUUACAGUAAGAUGAUUAGAGGUUUUAUAUCCCGCUAUGUACAAAACAGCUGAAAAAAUCCAAAGCUUUUUUUGGAGCGUGUUCACACUCAUUUGGCCUCUUUCAAACUAAAUCCAAAACAAAUCAAGAAUCCCUUUUAUUUUCUUUGUUUUGUACUUUAAAUUUCCAGGUCUUUCUCCGUUUCUCCUAUCUUCUAUCCAUCCCCGAUCCAGUUUCAGUCUCAGUCAGACCCUCACCCUCCUUCGUUUCCCCGUUUAGUCUUGUAAGUAAGAUCCACGCAGUCGGAGAAAGCACCUGGUCACAGCUGGCGUCUCCUGAUCGGUGUCACUCACAGCUAAUCUGAGCCGACACAGCUGCUCCCGAAGGACAGCUGACUCCUCCGCCGACAAUGGAGGCCGAGCCGCUCCUGACCCACCUGUGCAACACGAGGUAAAGGUAGUCCUGCUCGGGUCGGUGACUCAUAUCUGCCGCCUUUUGACUGAGGUUGCAAAAGUCUCUUUGGUAAUGAAGGACAACAACCUCAGAGAAAAACAGAUAAGGUAUUUAUGUGGUUAAAAAUCGAGCGUUUGAAUGCAGAUUUUGAGUAUUAGUCAUCCAAGAUGUGAAGACCUGCAAUGUUUCACAUUAUCCAGCCUGUUUGUGGGUGUUAACAUCAAAAUAAAGCUUCAAAAUCAAAGUAAAAUCAAAGUCCAUGAAAGCAAGAGCAGAAAAAAAAACACUUUGGGGAAUUUGCUUAAAACUAGAAAGAAGGUUAUAUUGAUUUUUAACUUGUUUCUGUGCAACACCAUCGCAGCUUUGCACGCGCAGCCAGGGGCCAGAGAGCAGGACAUUUCUUAUUUUGUUUACUCGUGGAGUCAACGGAGAAAGAAAAUGACAAGGAGCUGUUUUGCUGUAAACUUCACGAAUCGGCAAAACAAAACAAUCGGCAAACAUUGGCCAGUUUAGCCUAUAUUAGCUUUUGCAGAUCGCCUCAAGUGGACACUCCCGGAACUGCAGUUGUUGUGAUUUAUAAGUACUGGACGUUAUGGUUUUGUACAGACUAUGUAAAGGGACUUUUAAUUUGGAUUUUACCUUGUUAGUUGAACAUCAUAUACUCGACAACAACCACAGACUAACCUGCAAUACUUCUAGAGUCGAAUAAUCUAGAACAAUCUAGAGUCGGGCUUUCUGCUUCUUCGGUCUUUUUGCCAAGUUUAGCUACAAGCAGCAGAAACUAUUGUUGGAUUUAUCGUGAUUGACUCCAGUGUUCCCAUUUUGCAAAAGAAUGACGAUGCUAGAAAACGCUAAACAUUCGCUCCAAGCAUCAGAACCAGAAUAUAAGAUUAAUUGAAGUUGGACAGAUGUUUCUUCAUCCUCCAUGAAUACGUCUUUUCAGUCUCUCACUCAUUCGUCAGUUUGAACAUCUUGAAACGAUCCUGUCAGGGAUUUAUCAAAUGUUCCCUUCGUGAAAGUAUUUACCCAGUAGCCUGAAUAUUUGAUCCAAACCUCUCAAACAGUUCUGGGGUUUUUUUGGAUCCCAGCGGCUGCGUAUCGGCGUCAGCCACAGAUGUAAUUUCCCUGUCACAAACAGUUUUAUUUUAUGCUUUGGGAACACAUUUCGCCGUUUUGUAUUUCAUUUAUGGUAACCAGACCCGGAGAAACGUUCAAAGAGUGCGUCUGUUUUGAUCGAUGAGGCUCUGUCAGAGGAUGUAUCAAACCCGAAACUGCCUCUGUAACCGUCCCGCUGCGUAAAUUACAGCCAUGCAUCAUAAAGGGAGAACGGGUGGCUUGAUGACCUAACGAUGGGGUGUCAGGGAGGUCCUGAAUAAUAAAAUUACGGGUUGAUGAGUUUCCAUUAGGCUUUAUGAGGUAUUUAUAUUUAUGUGCGCGCGUGUGUGUGUGUGUGUGUGUGUUGUACUGUGGUCUUCCUCAGUUUGAUUCAGAGCAGGUUAACCAUCUGGCCAUAAACUGGUGGUCUUCUAAUGGAAUUUGUCCCCUCUGUUUAUGUGCGUGCGCGUGUGCAUGUGUGUGUUGUUUCGCCUCCUGUACAGCUACACUAAUAAACCUAAUGGCUGUAAAGUCAGAGGUGGGCUUUAGGCCUAUUAAAGGGGCGACGCAGAGGGAACGCAGAGUCAGGACCCUCAUGAUAAAUAUACAUAAUGACAGUUAAAACCCUCCCUAUGAACUGAUCUACUGAACAUGUACGUAACGCCGUGAUCUGCUCCAUCAAAUAUGAUGCCCUAAAUUUGAAACCAGUUUGCAGCAGUGGUUGCGUAUCUCAUUAAAGCCCCGAGGGAGUAAAAAUAAAGAUUUGAUGAUGCCAUUCAUUAUCCACAAUUAGAUUUUAAGUGCGAAGAUUAAUCACGAUCCGGUGACUGCAGCUGUAGUUGUUCGUUCAUUGAUUGUAUCCGAAGUUAAAGUUGUAUCCAAGUGUGUUUGUGUGUGUGUGGGUGUGUGUCAGGAAUCAAACUUCCUAAAUCCAGCCAGACUCUGUGUCUCAAGAUGUGACCUAGUUUCAUACUACAUGUAACCCAUUACAGUGAAGAAGUCAUAUGGAAGUAAGCACACAGGAAAUCACAAGUCUGCACAGUUUUAAACUCAUAAAUCAUGAAGUUCAGGAUGACGGUUGACUAAGCAACUUUCUAAAUGUCACUCCAAAACUGAAUAUGCAACAAAACGAAGUGUAGAUGUCUUCGACUCUGUCUGCAGAAAGGAAUAAACCUGUCAUACUGAAAACAAAACAGCUUUUUAAAUGUGACUAAAGCACCUAUAUGGGUGAAUUACAAAACAACACAAUAAAGUGAGGCAUGGUAAGAUAGGAUUUGAUUUAUGAUACGUAGAGAUAAUCUCACAGCAUACCGUCAAUAAUUGGGUGACCAUAUUCUGAAUCGCCAAAAAGAGGACACAACUACAGUGUUGGAAAAAAGUUUGGAAUAUUUUCUUCAGUGUUUCGUGCAACGUGAAUGAUCCUCCAACAAACGUGGCUGAACUGACUCAGGCUGUGAUCCAAUGCUGGCGAGAAAUCCCGGUUGAAACUCUUACCAACCUAGUGACCAGCAUGUCCAGACGUGUACGCGCAUUGUACAAUGCUAGAGGCGGUCACACAAAGUACUGACUGUAUUGUUGUUAUCGUCCUGUUAUGUUUGAUGUUGCUUUCAAAGAUGGUCCACGUAUUUUGUGGCAAUUUAAAAUUAGAGCCGUUUAUUUAUUAAAUACUGACUCAUGAUUUUAUGCGUUAUUUCUAUGGCUUUUUGUGAAUCAUGAGGUGUCCGCCCUACAAUUUUUUGAGAAACAAAAUAGUUUGAUGUGAAUUUCAAAAACAUAUCACAGAGACCAGGGAACAUUAAAAAGUCUUUCAAUAAUUCUCCAGAAAGCAGCAGACCGUGUUAAACACGAGGCUGGGGUUGAAUUGACAAAUAUUCCAAACUUUUUUCCAACACUGUAUGCAGGGUGGAGUCAAAAAGUCGCACGUAGUAAAUUUUGAGAGUUUUUUGGGUUGGAGUGUUUUUUCGAAACUUCCGUACAAAACCCCGGACAUUUGAAGGAUUUUAUAAACUCCCCCGGACAAGGCCGGACAGCCCUCAAAGAAGAGGACAUGUCCGGGUAAAAGAGGAUGUUUGGUCACCCUACUCGAUAACUACUGCCUCCCUUCCUCUUCAGUCUUCAGUAAAACUUGCGUUAUCCCAGUCCUUGUCAAUAAAAGGGGAAAGUCACUUUCAGUCCUUUUAUCACAGAGAAGUGAAACCUUCUUCAGCCUGGAGUCAACCCUUCACUCUUAAAGAUCUUUGUCUCACUUUCAGAAGUGGCUGCUUUAUCUCUUAACUUCACCACAGUCUGAUAUCACGCUGAUGUUUCAGAAAUUCGACUGUUUAGGGUGUUUGGGAGUUCGGUUUCCUUGGGAACAGAAGUGUGAGAAGAGAUGAUUGUAGAGGACCCGCUGUGCUCCAGGUCAAAUCAAACCCAAAACAAUUAAGACAAGAUCAGACAGCUUGGGAAUGUUUGGCAGCUCAGAUCAAACAGAAGAGAAGUUUGAAUAACAUGUUCUCUGCGCAGUCGCCCCUUUCAGGAUCGUAAAGUUUACCUUCAUCACUGACUUCAUCUUUAAGACGUCUCAAACAUCCUAUAGAGGCCGGAGUGCUUUCUCUGUUUCUCUGCCUGGAGCUGCUCAACUUCAGCAGGAAAAAAAGGAGAGUGUGUGUUCGUGUGUGUGUGUGUGUGCGCGCAGACACUCAGAAGAUUAAAAUGUUUCUUCGCUGCCGCUGCGUCUUACAAGAAGAUUUCAUGUUAAGGGGGGAUAUAAAUAGCCCGUGUUCGCACCAUGUGCCUGUUUGGAUGCGUUUCAGAAUGUUCGGCCCCCCGUGGAAGAGGAUGAGGAAGUCUGCCGCUCCGAGACAGAUACAUCGGUCACUUUUUCGCCAGUAGGUCGAGAUUUGGAAGUCGGAAAAAACUCUCAAGGGAUAAAUCCGGUGACGUGGAUAAUGAGUCCUGGCUAGCCGUGUUCUGUAUUGUAGUAGAGACCUGGGUGAAGCAGCACAGUCUCGCCCUAAGCCAGAGCUAAGCACUCAUAAUGGGAUGUAAUAGAAUUCCCUGGGUUAUUACGCCUGUUUCUGUCCUGUCUGCACAGUAUCUCUUGUCUCGUUACUCCUACUCUUCAGUCUCUCGCUCUUACUCUCCUGUUUACUCCACGAUGGCCUCCUUCCCAACCACCGCGCUGUCGCCUUCUCUUAGUCUCGCCACAUCUCAAAACGCCGCUGUCGGGCCGAGUCAAAGGCUACGGAACUGCGGUCCGACAUCAAUCCAAUUUUAGCCAUGGAAGGGAUGAGAUAACUGUCUUUCUGGACAGCUCUUACGUAAGAUGUCUUUCUCUUUGUGGCAAUUACUGCGCUAAUAGCUCUUCAGAGAUCCCUUUUAUCCGUCAGGGCGACGAUAAUAGUCGCUAAAGCUCCGGAUGAAACUGGGGUUUGGAUUCUCCGAGUCGUUCCAUGUGAUAGCUUUGCUUUCUCUCCAGUAAUUACACAUUUUAUUGAAAUGACAGUGAAAGAGCCGCUCUUAAUUGUGUUCUAUUGCAGUAAUUUGGGGGAUUUUUAUUCCUAUUGGCAAAGGUAAUUCUUUGUUUAGACAUAAAAUCACAAAAACAACAUGAAAUCUGUCAGCACUCGGGUUAAAUAGCAGAGCCACAACGUUGAACGUUGCCCGCUCUGCCCUCUCUGUGAUUUGCAUCAGAAUGAAAUCAGAGGUGGUUAUUAUUCAUAUAAACUGUAAUGAAACCACGAGAUGAUGUCAGUGGAAAGAAAAGGUUAUUUUCCCCGGAUUGGGGGGAAAAAACCCAGUUUGGAAAUUAGCAUCAGAACCCACAUGGCACAUGGGAUUUCCAGGGGCCGAUAAUAAAGGGGUUUCAUGGUUCUAACAGUCUCUGUAUUUACCAUCUAACUGUUCGACUCUGCUUACAUAAGCACAACCUUUGCCAGCUCAGCAGUCACUCAGACGGCCUUUAAAGAAGCGGGGAGGUAUGCAGAUUAAUGCAAAUGAGGUUGCCAUGGGGUCUGUGGUGGUGAAACCGUGGUAACGGGGAGUGGAAUGAGGUUAAAGAGGGCCGAGGGCUCGGGGAGGAAGCUCCCGACUCAAAAUGCCCUCUGGUGUUUGUUUACACACUGCGGUGGGUUGUGGGUUGUGGGUUGUUUGAGGUAAAACCAUCAAUCGCUGAGGCAUCUUCUGGAAAGCCUAUCAUCGGUGUCAUGAUAACGAAAUCCAGACGUUCAGAGGCUACGUAUCUGCAAAGUUAAACUGCUGUUUUAGUUGACAUUUCCCAAAUGUUUUGGUUGAGAAGGCCAUGAUUUAACUUCAGUUUAACCAACAUGUAAAUAUUCAUAUCUCAUGUUAGUAAAAGCCGUAUAAUCCUCACAAGAUCUUGGAGUGAUUGUUGAUACUGAACUGUAUUCAAACAAAUGGACUUAUCUGUCUUUGGUACACAUAAAUCUAACUGGUCGAAUGAUCCAGUGGUAUGUGGUGACCCAUCCAUAUCGGUCAAGAGUUGACCCUUGACUUCAGCUGUCAAAGGCUGUGAGUGUCACUGAGAGUGAGCCAGUAAAAAGCCUCACCAAGAGUUUGAAAAUAAACAUCUAACAGGAGAUACUUGUAACCGUCUGAGUCGCCUCUCAUGGACUCCUGCUACAUUAGCUCCCCCCUUAUCAUGAUGUGCCAUUACAAACAUGCUUCACUAACUGUUUUCCUGGCAUUAUUCACAAACUCCACACGGUGUUCAUAAAGGUUAUCUGCAACGCAACAUUUCCAGCAAGUUUCCCGGACAUAAACAAAAGCCCGGAGUCAAUCCAUCUCCAAAUGUCACUAAUCUUUUGUUGUGUGUCGCAGUGAGUUGCCACCUCACUCACACACACACUGGCAGUAAUUAAGGGUGGGGACAGAAUAUAAGCCCACAGCUUUGAUUUCCUGGGAUUAAACCCAACUGGUUGCCAGAUUGCCAUUCUUCUAGCCUAAUCAAAAGAUUAAGGGCAGAGGACACCAAAGCAUUGACAAAACAAAUAAGCUGCGGUUUGAUGGUUAUUUCACACUGGAGAAGACGCAGGCAGAGAACAAUAUGCUGCUAUUAUGUAAUAUUUAAUUUUAAUAUAUUGGUUUUAACAUCCAAAAUGCUUCCAAACUAAAAACAGUCAAUCGGACUUAGGGGUGAGUAAUACGGCUUAAAACUUAUCAUGUUUUUUAUCUGCCAAUACCAAUAUUAGACUACAGACAAGUGAGUUAAAACAAUUUUCCAAGCUGCCGAGAAGUGAUUUGCCGAUAUCAAAAUCAAGUUUGCCUGAAUGUCGAUGUUAACAGACACUCUGACACGAGGAGGAGGAGGCGGUGCCAUUUGGUUAGUGAGCGUGGCUUUGCUCUGCAGUGUCAGAUGGAACAAUUUAUCUCGUUGGAAGUCACAAAUCACUGCGUUACACAACUUUUUUACCGACCAGUGUGGCCCCAUCUGUAAAUCUGUCUCACUAAAAAACAGAACACAUUGCAAAAUCCAUGUAACAGCAGUAUGUGCAUCUUAUGGUGGUUUCUUUGUCUCCACUGAAUUACUCUUAAAACUAUCAGAUUCUCCUUCGAUGCUCUCAAAAUGACAAUUACAUUUGAAUAAUGAGUCAACUUGUUAUUUAUAAAUCCAGUCAACACAUUAUCUGUUAUGUACGUCUUCACAGACGCACUCACACAGACACAUUUCCAGCCUGACGCACGCAGCUGCAGGCUCGCUAAGGUGUCCGCUGACCCUGCAGCUGUGGUGACGCAGAGCUGAGGGGACAGCGGAGAGAUGCAUCACUUUGCCGGACAGGACGUGUGAUAGCAGCGAGACACACGUCUGUGUCACUGUCUGCUGGGAAACUAUAAAUAAACAACUUAUUUCCCUGUCAGCCGCUCCGUCUCUCCCACUGAGGACCCCAACAGACGGAUCGAUAGAUAGACAUGAGAGAUGAACACUGGUGUUCAAUUUCCACUCAAUCGACAUGAACGGCCCCAGCUGACCUCUGUGUUACCUAAAGAAGACAGCAGUGGGUGUAAUUACAUACAAACAUGCUGUGGUUAUUGUGUGUAAUUAGAUGAAGUCGAUAGUGAUUAUGCAUCAACUUGCCUCUGUUUAAUCCAGACAGUCUGAUUGAUUUGUGGUGAGAACAGGAGAGGAGAGGAAAUGAGGAUCAGCCGAGAUGCAGGAAAGAACUGAGCUUACUUUGUGUGUAUAUGUGUGUAUUUGAGUGUGUUUGUGUGUGUGUGUGUGUGUGUGUGUGUGUGUGUGAAGAAUCUGAAUCUAAUAUGGAAAAUUGGAGAAUGUUUCCAGUAACAGAGAAAAUACUGUGUUCUGUCUGUUUAUCACUGUAUCUUUGUACUUUUACUUAAAGAUAAGAAAGCUGUUCAGGUGGACGUUUCCACUGCAGAAACUCUCCCAGGGAACCGAGAACCUUUUAAGGCUUGUAGUACUUUCUGAAACAUUAUACUGAAAAGUUUUGCUGUAGCAAAAAGAAGUGGAUAUGGUUCUGGUAUCAGUAUUUAAAGCUCCUAAGAGAGUUACAACAGUAUUUGAAGCCUAUGCCAACACUGGUAUCAGUAUUUGGACCAACAUGAGUACUGGUAUCAGGAAAAACAGACCAACACCACAACUGUUAUCAGUAUUUCUGGCUUAUACAGAUACUGGUAUCAGUGUGGUAUCAGAAUUUGAAGCUGAUAGCGGCACUGGGGUUAAAAAGUGAGACCAAACCUGAUACUAGUAUCAGAUCUUAGAUCCUUACUCAUAGCAGUUAUCAGAGAAAGGGACCAGUACCAAAACUGUUACCAGUAUUGAGGCCGAUACCAAUACUGAUAUCAGUUAUGAGGCCCAGUGCAGAAACUGGUACCACUAUUUGAAGCUGUUAUCAGUUCUGGAGUCAGUUUUUGAUGUUAACACUCAUAGUGCUUUAAGGAAUUCUGAUACUGAUAUUGAAAAUUUGAGGCCGAUACUGGUACUAGUAUCAGUAUUUGAAGCUGAGUGCAGCACUUGUAUCUGUAUUUGGACCAAUAUGGAUACAAGGGACCAACACCACAACUGUUAUCAGUGUUUCCUGCUUAUACAGAUACUGGUAUCAGUGUGGUAUCAGUAUUUGAAGCUGAUAGCGACACUGGGGUUAAAAAGUGAGACCAAACCUGAUACUAGUAUCAGAUCUCAGAUCCUUACUCCUGCAGGUAUCAGAGAAAGGGACCAAUACCAAAACUGUUACCAGUAUUGAGGCCGAUACCAACACUGAUAUCAGUUAUGAGGCCAAUACCAACACUGAUAUCAGUAUUUGAGGCCCAGUGCAGAAACUGGAAUCAGUAUUUGAAGCUAUUAUCAGUACUGGAGUCAGUUUUUGAUGUUAACACUGGUAGCAGUUUCAGAGAUUCAGGCUGAUCCUGAUACUGAUAUUGCAAAGGCCGAUACAAAAUCAAUAUCUGUGUCUAAGGUUGAUGGCACUGGUAUUUAUGUUUGAGGUUUUUAAUGGUACUGGUAUCAGUGAAGCUGAGUGCAGAAAUUGGUAUUGUAAAUUAAAACAGAUAUAAAACCGUUUUUAGUAUAAAAGACCAAUACUGGUACUGAUAUCAGUAUUUAGUGCAGAUACCGAUACCGGUUUUGGAAAUUAUCAACUGGUAUCCAUACCUAGACCCUUACUAAUAGCAGUAUUUAUUUCGAACUGGCACUAACAGUUGUAUCACAAUGCUGGUAUCGGUAAUUUAGGCUAAUACGAAUUCUGAUAUCUGUAUCUGUACAACUUGAUAACUGCUGCCUUUCCUCUUCUUAAGAUGAAGGUUUGUUCAGGUCAAGAGGUUGUUUUUCAAAAGAAAGACCAGGAUGAGGAUAGUAUACAUAAAAGUAUCACUCAGCACACAUGUUCAGUGUGUCUUUGUACGUGUGUGGUCGAUGUCCAAGGGCCUGUUACAGCCACUCAGCAGUCUUGUUCCCGCUGCAGCACCAAACCGAGCUUCACUAAACUAUUAUGCUGGCAUAAUACACAAAAGGGUGAUAAAUAUUUAAUCCACUAAAACCUCCUCAAGGCAAAAUCUCCUCCAGCAGUUUUGUAUUUGACUCAGAUGAUUUCUCAAACGGCCCUGUUACUUCACAUUAAAGGAGAAUACGUUCAGCGCCGAGUAAAGACCCGGCUGAGCCUUUUCUGGUCGUCACCGAGCCUCGAUUGGCUCUGAUGCCGACGCCUAAGAAGCUGAAUUCACCUGGUCAACGUCUGAGCGUUGUUUGGACUUUGAAGCUGUCCUUUUAAAGUGUAAUCCAUUUGGCACCUUAACUUUCACACUCAGCAUGGGUCGUCUCCCUUUGAGUACAGAGUAACACUGCGCCGUUAGCACACAUAGAAACAUUGGAAAAAACAUGUCCCGCUGUCUCUAGAGUACAAUCCCCCGUACACGCACACGCACUCACGCACGUACACACCAGAGAGUGCGUGGGAAGGUGAGGAGCGUUCUCUCCCUCAGAGCGGGUGCCAUGUCUUGUCAGAUGGGGUUAGCUCCCCGCCAGCUGAUGAGCCAGGCGAGCCUUUGAAGGCCUUCCAGGGGCCCGUGGUUUACGUGCCUGGGUUGCCAGGUUCUGCCAUCCCCCUCAUUAAUGCAGCAUGGGCGCCCACUUAACUUUUUCAUCUCUGUCGCUCCGGUCAGUUCGCCCUGGCCGUGACCGAGCGCUGGGCAGCCCAAGCAGAGGAGGAAUAUAUAGGCGCACUGGCGUGAUAUCGCACACAGUGAAAUCAGUCCCAACUGUAGGGGUUGUUAGCCUGGCUAACUCUUCUCAACAAGUACCUUAAAGGGAUAUUCCGGAAAAAAAUUAAGUUACGGUCAAACACACCGAGUUUGACACCCCGUCGAGAGAUCAGUGUUACUGACUGCUUACUUCUCUAGUUACACCAACUUUAGUAACAACCGUACGAUAGCAAUACACAGUGGUCUAUGUCUCCACACGCCAACCUCAAACAAAACGCCACUCUAUAGCCACAAAUAAUGCUCAGAACAGCACCUAACUUCAUCAACAGGACAUAUAGGGUCACAGACAUAGUACUAGACACCAAACAUCUUUUUAACUUUGACACGUUUCUUUAGCAAAGAGACUAAACACAACUCACCUACUCUCCUCCAGCAGCCACUUGUUUGUAGCGAGACCUCGGGCAAGUCCGUUACGGACUUCUAUGGGGUGACGCAGCUCAAGGAAGAACAUUUAUGAUCAUUACUUUAUCAUUUUCUUUAAGUAAUAAUCAACAUAUUAAUGAAUUUGCACUGCAGACGCAGUAGCUCUUCUGUCUUAGCGUCUCGGUCUGAUUGCAUUUCCAUCUCUGGAGGGGGUGUCUAACUCAGUGUUGCGGUGUGUUUGACCCUAAAUUGAUUUUAUGCCAGAAUAUCCCUUUAAUGCUCCUUUGAAUAAACACAAAGUAUUCCUUUUAACUGGCGACCUCUUCUUUUGCAGUUUUAAGUGGAACUUCAGUUAAUCUACAAGCUCGAAAUCAUUUUUCCUUUCACCAAAGUCUGAGAGUCUUGCCUUUUUCCCCCCUCCUUUCACAUCCCUUUCCAUUUUUUCCUCUUUCCCUCCUUUUUUCGAGUUUUCAUGUUGGCCUCAGUCAGUUUUUUCUUUGUCAGGAUUUCCCCCAGAUUUUCUGAGCCGGGUUAACAGAGAUGUUUUCCUGUGAUGAAUUAGACUUUCUGGAAGGGGUGAGGUCAGAUUUCAUGGACUUUGAGUUGGGUGUUGGUGAAAAAGAAAGGAGAGAGAGAGAGACUGUUUGGACUGUUUCUGCUCUUUCUUCAACAUCUUGAGGUAAUUGACCCAACCUCCUGCCUUGAGCACACAAACUCAAGCACACACACACACAUACACACACACACACACACACACACACACAUACAGUGCGAUCACAGAUGGGUUUGAAAAUCCCCUCUCUGGCAGAAACCCUCUCACUUGCUCUCCCACUCGUAUACAUACACUCAGCCAUGCAUCCCUAUCUUGAGCAUAUAGGCACUUAUUCAUACUCAGCACACAUAUACACACAUGGCUGAGAGAAUAUCCAUGUCUCUGUGCUAAAACACAGCGAUACAGCUGUGAAAAGGAGAUGAAAGCCAGAGCCGAGCCAGGAAUAAUAAAAGCAGAGUGAUUUCACUCCACCGCAGGCUUCCAUAGGCCAUGGGAUCUGACGUGAAAACAGAAGGGAAGCCUGGACCUUUCUAACCAUACAAAUUUACCAAAGCUACUUUGAUGUAGCAAAGACCUUGGAGUCAACAGCUUGAAAGCGGGCUUUGCUCUAAUUGUAACUUUCCCGGCAGUAUCAGCCCGAUGCCCAGUGUAAAUAUCUACACGUGCCGUCUAUUUUUAACACGAGCCAUCCUAAAUCUAGCAGAAACCCCUUUUAACAGAGAGCCGGGCUCCACAUGAGCCGCCUGCACCUCCUCGGUUUGCUCCAAAAACAAGUGUCCUGCCUCGACCCCCUUGUUGACCCAGUCCCACCCACUGCCACAUACUGGGAGCUGACACAUAUAGAGAGACGGACACAGACUAGAAAUGCAUUUUUUCCGUAGAAGCAUAUUGCUGUAUCUAAGAAAUGUGAAAGUGCUUUUCCUACCGCUGGUUUUCAUUCACGUUGUCUCACAUUCAGGGGAUAAAGCUGGCAGCUUUUUCUAUUUUUUGUUGCUCCUAACAAAUCCCAUGAAAAGACCAAAACCGAAAUGCACAGUCUGACUCUCCAUCAAUACUGUCUGACUUCCUCAGCCUCUUUGAAGCUCUCAGCCCCCAAGCCUAAUGUUCUUACCGAAGCGUUAGUGUAUAAAAGUGUCUCACAAAUACUACAUGCAUGCACUUAUAAAAAUCCUGUAAUGCGCGGAAGCCUGAGUUAUCAUAAUAGGAGUAAAAGCAUGUGUUUGUCGGAAACUAUUUUAGGCUGCAGAUUGGACACGCCGGGUACUCUGCGGCGCAACAGUGAGGCUUUGUUAGAUAAUAUACGAUAAACAUCAAGAUUUUGUCGCACAAUUGAUCGUUUGUUUUGGAUUUAAAGUGGAGUCAACUGCUGCAGGGAAACAAAUGGAAACCAAAAAAGAUUUAUUUUUUUAAUACGAGCAAACUGAACAUGCAUUUGUAGGUGAAUGUCAUGAAUGUGUGAUUGUGGUCAAGAGGCAAGCACAGCAGGCAGGCAGGCCAUUCAGGGACAACAACAUUAUUCCGUCAAUAUGAGAGUACAGAGAGUGGUGGUGAACAGCAGCCUAGUAGGGGUGGGAGAAAAAAAUCAAUACAGCAUAGUAUAGUGAUAUUUUGUCUGGUGAUAUAUCAUAUCGCCUCAUUUACCAAGUAUCGAGUUUUCAAAUUAAUUGCUAAUAUGAAGUCAAAUCUAUGAUAAUAGAAAAAUAAAAAUCAACUGUUUGUCCAGUGAGGUUGGCAGAGGUGACAUCAUAGAUCAGGAAAAAGUUAGUGCAACAAAUAUAUAAAAGGUUUGCAAGAUGUGCAACAUGAAAAUAAAAUUAGGUGUAAAUGAGACAAACAUAAAGGAAAAUGAAAUGCUAAAUUAACUUAACAGUUUAAAAAAAAGCGUAUAAAGCGCAAUAUAUUUGAUCGCAAUACUCAGUGUAUCGCAAAAUGUAAAAAAAAUGCAAUGAUAUCGUACCAUGGCCCAAGUAUCGAAACAAUAUUGUACUGUAGCCCAAGUAUCGAAAUAAUAUCCUAUCAUCGUCCAAGUAUCAUGAUAAUAGCAUAUCGUGGCUCAAGUAUUGUGAUAAUAUCAUAUAAUGACCCAAGUAUCUUGAUAGUAUCGUAUUGUGGCCCAAGCUCAAGUAUUAUGAUAAUAUUGUAUUUUGGUCCACAUAUCAUGAUAAUAUCAUAUUGUGGCCCAAGUAUCAUGAUAAUAUCGUAUCGUGGCUCAAGUAUCAUGAUAAUAUCCUGUCAUGGCUCAAGUAUUGUGAUUAUAUCGUGGCUCAAGUAUUGUGAUAAUAUCGUAUCAUGAUAAUAAUGUAUUGUGGCCCAAGUAUCGUGAUAAUAUUGUAUAGUGGCUCAAGUAUUGUGAUAAUAUCAUAUUGUAGCGUAAGUAUCAUGAUAAUAUCGUAUUGUGCUAAUAAUGUAUUGUGGCCCAAGUAUCGUGACUAAUUGUAUUGUGGCUCAAGUAUUGUGAUAAUAUCAUAUCAUGACCCAAGUAUCGUGAUAGUAUCGUAUUGUGACCCAAGCUCAAGUAUUAUGAUAAUAUCGUAUUUUGGUCCAAAUAUCAUGAUAAUAUCAUAUUGGGGCCCCAAGUAUCAUGAUAAUAUCGUAUCGUGGCUCAAGUAUUGUGAUAAUAUCGUGGCUCAAGUAUCAUGAUAAUUUCGUAUCCUGAUAAUAAUGUAUUGUGGCCCAAGUAUCGUGAUAAUUAUGUAUUGUGGCCCAAGUAUCAUGAUAAUAUCGUAUCGUGGCCCAAGUAUUGGGAUAAUAUCGUAUCGUGGCCCAAGUGUCAUAUCGUGGGGUCACUAGUGAUUCCCACCCCUACAGCCGAGUGGGCACUAACUGGGAUUCACUAAAAAAAGAGUGAAUGUGCAAGACCACCUAUUUUUUAACCAAUUUUUUAUGUUUCAUCACGUAUAUGUGAGGAAACAGGAUUUUGCUGCGAUGACAAUUGUUCCUCCAGCUCCAUUUUGCAGCCUAAAGAUGUGUUUCCAGUGCAUUUGAUUUUUCAUGCAACAAUCAUAACCUCUGCGUUUUAUGGUUUUGCUUAACAGGGUGGGGUUCAGAGAUAUUGUUUGGCAUGCAGACAGUCCUCUCUGUCCCUAUUUUGCUUUAAUUUAAUCUGUUUUUGCACAUUUUUUUGGGAAGCUUAAAGCUAAAUGUUUUAGAACCGCUGGGAAUCGUUGGAAUAGCGAUGGUGAGCGGUGCAGCCACAAGUACGGAGAAUACUUGGAAAACUGGCUGAACUUUUUCAAGAAAGUUUGACCAGGUCGGUCAGUAAUCCAGUGAAUCUCUUGGCCACUGUUAUGUUUUUAAGAGAGGAAACGAUGUGAACAUGACUCACAUUUCAAAUGUAGCAUCAAAUUUUGUAGGAUUGCAGUUGUUUUCCUCUCCAAUAUUAAUGGAGUUAGUUCCUUUUUCCAAAAAGUCAUAAAACUAUCAGAAAAACUUUAAACAAUGUGAGGCUGGGUUCACUGCGGCGUGCUGCAGAGGCAGAGUGGUCAGUAAUGGACAGAUGGGGACGGGACUCUUUGGAGCUCAGUGGAAUACAAAGAAGAACCAGUUGAGGUCAGGACCUUUGCUCGACUUUCAUUCUGCUUUAUUUGUCCAGUGAAAAAAUGAUAAGAUAACUUUCAAGAGAGCCGAGAUGACAGACGGAUCCGCUUUAAAAUGAAAUUGUUGCACAUUUUAUAACAGAGGGAUGCAAUAAAAUAGGAAAAGCGAGGGAAACAGGGAGCAGAGUGGAAUUGAAUGAGGGAGUGGCCCUGGUGGUUGGAAGUGGGUCACAGCGGCACUGACGUGAUACAAAGUGACGUGCAGGGAGGGGGGUAACGGACUCGCGCCACCGUCUGCGUCACCUUUUGUCCCGCGUGCACGCAAACACACACCGGUGGAGUUGCACAUUAAGAGCUCUCUCAUGCUCUUGAUUCAUUGGGUAAACAACACUUGUGCAGGGGUAAAAAUAGCUUCCUUGUGCAUUGUAAGGACAAGGUUCCCCCCCUGAGUGAGUGUGUGUGUGUCUGCGUCUCUCUCGGUAUUGUUUACUGCUCGGUUGGACUCUGUUGUAUUCACUUUAUCAGCACUGAAGAUCGCAUUCAGGUUAUGCAUAAGUAAUAAAGGCCUCUCCCCGGGUGCUUGUUAUAUAUAAAAGGAGUAGACUGUAAUUAUUUCACCGAGGCUGUGCGAUGCUCUGUACGAUCUGUAGCUUCUCCUUCAGCUUGUCAGAGGGGAGAAUGUGAAGCCUGAGGGAUGGAGGAUGGAUAAAAGGAUGGAGGAAUGGCAGGGGGAGACAGGGGAACAGUUUAAUUGCCUGACCCCUCUCUCCCACCAGGAUGACUCCCCAGAGCCGGGUGUUAAAGAGAGGGUGACGGCUGGAUUCUUGCCGCAGAUCCCCGCGGCUCUUUGCAUGCGUGCUGCGUGUGUGUGUGUGCGUUUUAGGGAGGGGGGGAGGGUGUCGGGGGCGUUUUUCUGCAUGUUCCCACGGCAGAUCUGCACAUAUUUAAGCAGGACCACUUAAUCUUGUCAUGUGUGAUGCAGGAGUGAUGCGCUCUGAGAUUUAACAUAACCCCCUGUAUAACACAUCAAAGGCUUAAUGAUGGGGAGAGGGAAGGAGACGUUGUGGUGGAGACUCAGGCUGAUAGGAGGAGACCAGCUCUCCUUGUCAAAUAGAGCCCGUCUGAGCCAUAUAUCAAUAUUUAUCUUUGAUUUUUUUUAUCUGGAAUUUUUCUUUAAUUAGUUCUGAGGAGAUAAAAAAUAAUCCUGACAGACUCCGAUGACUUUUGAGUUUAUUGGAUUACUCAUGGCUUGAUCUCAAUCUCUGUAAAUAAUCUAAAUAUCUACAUCGCUGAGGGAGGAGGGGGAAAAAAGCAGUGAACAUUCAUUUCCCGUCCGUCCUGUUUUCUUUUUUGCUUUCUCUCUCCAGCUUCUUUCUUUGUUGUUUGAGUUUGCUGGCGAUGACUGAAGGGCCCGAGGAACCUUCAACCUAAUCGGAUUGAGAUCUGGCUGCAGGUCAGGCCAGCAGAUGAAUCCAGAUUAGAGGGUCACAAGGCAGAAAGAGAGGAUUACCAGCUCUGGCCUCUGCAGCCUCCUCCUCUUGUUUAAACAGCCGAUUGACAGCACUGUCUGCACUAGCCUUGCUGUAAAGUAAAAGGUCUAGAUAUGGAGAGGACCUACAGGACCUGCUGAGUGCUGCCGUCACUCACCUCUGUUUACCCUGCAGGUCUCUGGAGCAGGCGCAGAUUCGUAUCUCGGAGAGAUGUCAGAUUCGGUCGCAGAUUAAACCCUUAAGUGCAUGCCAUGCCUUUAAAAUCUAAAAUACAUCUAGCUAUGCAACGGGGAGACGCUGGGUCCUGAAGUCUACCCAUUUAUUUGUCAUUUAUGGUAACCGUUUUGGACACAGAGUCUUUGCAAUCCCCCCAGAAAGCCAGUUAACCAUAUGUUCAAGACAGUAUUCUCAGGCAGAUAUCUAGCCGCAUGUGUUAACCUGGUUUCUCUAAUCUGUUAACCUGGUUCUGUAAACUGAGCUUCUUGGUUCACAUAGUUUUGACUUGCACUCGUACUUUGCUUUAUAUUCAAGUAUAAUCCCUCUUUGCUGAAUCCAGGAAUUUGUUUUUAACACGUAGAACUUCGCUGGAUUGCCGGGAAUCCCACUUGACACCAUUAAAGUUUCUUUACCGUGUAUCUGUACGGGGUAAAGGGUGCUCAAAAACGUACCCUUUUGGUGAUCUAUCGAGGGUUUCCAGGCAUUUCUACACCUGCCACAAAAAUAGGUGUUUGAUCAGAGAUGUUAGAUGGUAAAUCCGCAGUGAUAUACCAGUGAAAACAAGAUUAUUUAUCAUAUUGUUAUGAUAAAUGCCGCUAAUGUCUUCCGGGUUUGAUGAGCUGUUUUGACGACGUCUUUUCCUGUCAAACUUUCGACCAAGUAUAAGGUCUCAUAUUCUUCCUCUAUUGUUCCCUUGACGGUAGUGUCCAAUAAGAGGCAAGAAAGUUCCCUGCUUGUCUGCAAACUAAGAAAUAAUGGUCUUCAAUGCUUGGAAAUGAGCAAAUAAGAGAUUCUGAGCAGAAUGAAGUGGUCCUCUGUCUCAGGAGUAGCAAAAACAACUGUAAAUAGUAAAAAAUCGCCUGGAAGAAUUUGUGUAAAUAUGUUAAAAAGAUUCUGUUAUGUGUUUGUUCCAAUCUCAAUAUUUCUUCUCCUGAUAGCCAAGACAUAAGAGACUCAUGUGCAGGUGAGAAAAGGCUUGGUCACUGUAGAUUUAUGUGUUUUUUGAGCGAAGUACUGUUGGUGUCGAUUUCCGUUUUUGUUUUUUGGUUGACUUUGAUGGUUCUGAAUCUACAGCCACAUUCAUUUGACAUAUUUUUUGCACCUAUAAACUGACAGCUGAGGUUGUCUUUAAUAAAAAAAAAGAUGUGUAUAUAUUUGCUGCGCUUGAAAGGAUAGAGUUGCUACAAACAGGCGGACCAAAAAUAGCAAAAUCUAGCUGGGAGUUCUAAGGGUUAAAUCGUGUAUUUCUGCAGAAUGGCGCCCUCCUCUUGCAUGAAUCACACAGGCCGUGCAGACUUGUGAGGGUCAGUCCAGCAUAAACAAACUAAGGUCAGUUACCCCACUGAUGCAACAAGCUGCAACGCUAUAUAUGUGUGUGUGUGAGAGGGAGUGUGUGUGCUGCACCCUGCAGCAUCGACUCCUCAUCUGCAUCCCGACUCAGCCCCGCCGCAUUUAUCAGCAACCCUCCCAGUCGGCUUUAUUAUAACUCCCCAUCACUCUCUCUCUCCGCUCCAUCUGUCUGCUCUUCCCGUUUAGAAAACAAAAUAAAAUAAAUGUGUGUGUGCGCAGUGGUAUUCUCCUUGGUUAGCUGCCGGAGCGCCGCUCUCCUGCGCGUCUCUUCUUCUUUGAUCUCGCUGUAAAUUAAACAUGCCUCUUUAGAUAACAGGCUCUGUGCCACCUACUGAUUCAAACUGCACCUCCACUCCUGUCCCCGGUUUGAACUCCGUCAAGUUGAUUCAUGCGAAAGCGGAAAGCUGAUAAACAACGGUCGGGGGGAAUCUCUGCGGAGCAAUUAGGCCACAGUUAGAUUGUUUGGCGGGCGUAAACAGUACGGAGACAGUUCUGCAGAAAACGUGAAACAAAACACGGAUGUCUGUUUUUGCAAUGAGCGAGUGAGUCAAGAGGGAUUGUGGGCCAAACUGGGGAGCAGCUCCGGUGAAGUCUGGAGGUCGGAAGUUAGGUCAAGCACUGCUAAUCUGGGUGGGAACGCUGAGUGCUUGACCUUUGACAUCAGGGUACAACUAGUUUUUACGGCACAUGAGGACUUACACAUGGUGGAUAGAUUUGAAGAGAAAGACCGUCAUGAGUCAGCAGUUUUUGAUAAAAGCAGGUUAAAUCCACUCUAAAGAUCAGCUGAUUCACCUGUUAGUCACAGAAAAAUGAAAGGAAUCUUAGGAAUGUGAGUGAAACGGCUGUUUGGAGAGGUGAAAGUUUGCAGGUUUGUGAAAUUUGAGUUUGAGAUUUGGAGCAUCAGGGAUGUUUUUCUAUUAAUUGACAAACACGUAGAUAAAUCAGUGUAGAUGUAUCAUCAACAAUCAGGACGUAUUUGAGUUUUAUUGAGAACUCUUUCUCUGGUUGGGGUUAGGGUUAACUCAGGUUCAGGUGAGAGUGCUCUACUAACUAAGCAAAACAUUACCGCUAGCAUCGGCAUGAGGGUGUGAACCUUUUAGGAGGACCAUUAGUGCUAACAGAACAUAAGCCACACUUGGCAUUAUUUACCCACAGACUCAGUGACUCAGUCUUUCGAUUGGUUAGAUAGAUUUUGCUCAAUUUUGACUGUUUUCUAACCUUUAGACUUGUUGCUUCGUCAAGAUUAAAAUGUCCUUUUUUCCCCAAUAUUUUUAUUGGCAUUUUAGUUUUAUUACAACAUCAAACAGACAGUCUACAGGAACACACACACACAGUCUACUUUUUUUUUUUUUUUAUGUUUUUAUUUUUUCCUUUGUAAAGCAUCUUUGAGCACCUGUAAAAGUGUGUUAUAAAUAAAAUUUAUUAUUAUUAUUAUUGUUAUUAUUAUUAUUAUUACCUGCAUUAAUUCAGAAGUAAAUAGGAAGUAAAGAGAGAGAAUAAAAAAUAAAUAAAAUAAAUAACAUCGAUCUUACAUUUUCCAAGACGAUGUCUACUGUCCAGCUCCUAUAAUGUUUAUAUCUAGAUUGGCAAAAUCUUGAUUUUCCUUUACUAAUAUAUGUCAGUCUAUCCACACCAAGACAUUGUGCAAGUUCCUUAAUCUAUAGCGUCAGGGAGGACGCCUCCAAGCUCCUCCAACACAAUGCGAAAGACCAAAGUCCAGUAACUUGGUCAGCCUUUGUGUUUGUAUGAAGUCCACUGGUUAAAUUCCAAGUACACAGUUUAAAAUUUCCUUUAAAGUGAUUUUAAAAUAAGUCAUUUUAGAGCCUCCUUAGCCACAGAUACUUUGCACUCAAAACUAACUUCAACUUUUAAGUUAAAGGAUGUGCUUUUUCCAGAUGAGACAAACUUCAACUGCAUUUCUGAAUGAAAGAGGAGAAGUUGCACAUAUUUCAGCUUUAGGGUCGGGGUGUAGGGGUUAAAUCAGGGCGUGAAACAACUACUUUAGUGGAUAGAUUUAUGGCUCUGUAAAAGUGCAAGCCAACUUUUGUGCACCGCUCGAUGUGGUCCUUUUACUGCCCGCCUGUUUUUUUACUCAAGGUCUUUGAAAUGCUAAUCAGUUUUCUUUCUUCUCUCUCUCUUUUUUACAGAUUCCUCCUCCAACUACAUCAGGCAGCUGGAGACGAAAGUGCGGAUCCUGGAGGACGAUAACAAUAAGCUUCUCUCACAGGUGAGACAAACACUAACCGAUGUAGUUUAGCCUCGCUAAACGCAACUCGUUCAGCUUCCAAACAUGUGACAGGCAGCUGCGAUGAGACCGAGUGGUUGUGCCUGAUGCCUCUGUGAAGCUGCCCCCUCACAACAGCCAGCCUGUUAGUAGGAGAAUAUGUUUAUCUAUGUUUUAUUCAUGGGGAGUCAGUAAGCUUCUGUAGCGGGCGGUGAUGUUAGCCCCCGAGGCGAGCUGUGAGAGCAGAGGAGAGACGAGAGGAGGAAAAAGGAGGAGAAAGAGGCAUUAAGCGACGAUGACAGAGCAAAGUAUUUUUCCCAAAGUUGACCUUGCUCUGACUUCCCCCCUCAAAUUUUUUGGGGAGGAUGGAGAGCUGGGUGAGCGGAGGUGGGAGUAAGAAGGAGGAGGAGAGGGUAGGGGGGUGGAUUUUUUUUUGGUCAGGUUCACCAGGAGUUCACGUGUCAGUCUGCAGAGGUGUGUGUUUCACGCUCACGCCCGCAGACAGUGGACUCGGGGCAGAAAUGUUAGCUGAAACACCGAUUGGUCAUGUUCGGGGUCAUACUGUGGAGCAGUCACAGCCAUGCCUCCUUAAUUACGGGUAAAUAUACGUACAUGAUCAAAGCCUUUCAUACUUCAAUUUUCCCUUUUAUGAAAUGUUUCAGUUCAUUUGAAUGCAAGUCAGGCCGCAGACAGUGGAGUUAGACUUUCACACUUUAAACAGCUUUUUGAUUCAAAGCCUUUAUUCUUUUUUUUAAGUGAUUUCACUUCGCCCAAUUAUCUCCCAGCAGAUUUCUAUGUAGGCAGAGAGUGUGGGCUGAAAUCACUGAUACAGAAACCUAAGUGAUCUGCAUAAUUAGCCCUUACAUGCUACACUUAAGGUGCUACACAGCAGGCAAGACGAAUAAAACAAGCCUUCCUCCUGGGCUAUUGUAAUAGUCCGUGUAGCCUGUUUUUGGGGCAGUAAUACGUUACUGAAGUGAAGUUUUACUCCUGAUUUUUAUCAUAUUUUAAUUAUAAACCUCCUUGAAACGCUUUUAAGACCCUGUUUUUACAGUAUCUUGAUGUUAUUCAUGGCUCCCACGAGACAAGAACCUGAUACUGAACCAAAACACAUGAUGUCUUUCUCUCCCUAGGCUCAUAACCGCUAUAGUUUAUCACAGAUACAGACCAAAAAGGUAACGUGAUGAAAUGUCUCCUGAAAUGUUUUGUUGACUCUUCUGCUGGUCAGUUGGUUGAGCCUCUUUUGCACUUUUCCUUUUCCUCGUAUCUGUUUUGGUGAUGGGACUUUUUUUCACAGCUUUGAGCUUGUUUUCUAUCUCACAAGCAGAGGAUGGGCACAACCAGAGCAACAUCUGUACAAGGCAAUGCACUCAUUUCCUGUUGUGAUCCAUCGUGUAAUUGCGCCGAAUGAUAUCGGUACUAUGUCGAGCUAGGUCGGCUCUUAGAGACUAUUAAGAGAUGUUCGCGAUUUACUACUUACUACUUAGUCGUGCUGUCGCCUUGGUUGAUUACCACAGCUAUAAUGCCUACGACCGGGAUGUAAACAAGGCUAGCUGACAGGUAGCCUCUCGUAGAAUAACACGGUUUAAAAUUCCUACUCCUCUUUACUUUGUUAGUACCUUAGUACACGCUAUUGUUGUGAUUACGUGGGCUCUGCAUGCUGGAUCCAGGCGCUGCUUGAUAGAGGUGCUGGAGCGGAGUCUGGAAUGGACUGCUUGUAUCACAGUGCUGAUACCCGAGAUUUUAGAUGCAGGCCAAUAAUAUAUAUAUAUAUUUUUUUUUUUACCAAUAUCAGACCAAUAAACGAUAUCAAUAUCGGAUCCCCGGGACAUCCCUAUUUACUAGUGCUGUCGCCUUGGUUGAUUACCACAGCUAUAAUGCCUACAACCCGGAUGUAAACAUGCCAAGCCACCAGGUAGCAUCUUGUAGAAUAACAUGGUUUAAAUUUGUAUGCAGGCUGCAUCAAGUUAAACUGCCUCUACUGCACUGAUUUCUUAACCAGUUUACCCCCAAUUUCCACCACAUCCAGAACUGCUACGAAAAGGCCGCAUCUGCCGAUCGCAGCGAAUCGUAACCAUUCAACUGUCAAUUUCCACCGGCUUCUUUUCGUUCCGCUGCUGAUCACAAGAGUUCUAUUUUUUCCGGACACUGUAGGAUGCCGGAUAAAUUCAGCACAGAUUAACCCGUGCUGGAAAGGAAGUCAGGUACAGACAUACAAGUCUCGAGGAAGGACAUAAUCUACUGCUUAUAUGGUUAGCAUAUGUGGCUAAAGACAACUUGUUAUCGCACGAUUGCACGUGAAUCCCCGGGUUCUUGUGAAUUCUCGCGAUUCCUGCUGUUUGUAAUCCACCGUGAAAUGCGCCUCACAAACAGAUCCGGUUGGAAUUGGCGUACGGCGAAAAUUGCUGCCGUUCCGGAUGCGGUGGAAAUCCUGGGUUAGACAUGUGGACAUGAACCUGCAAGGCUGUGAUGCUAACUCUGUUGAAUUAGAAUAAAUAAAUCUCAAAUUUUACUAUUUUUUGAGACAAAAUCUAAAUUUCUGUUCAAAAUCUAUGAAAUAAGAGGCUUCGACACGCCCCAAAUACUGUUUAUGAAAUAGUGUAAGACUUAAUGUAUUGGAUGGGCUCAUUCCUCAAAUUUCUACACGUAUGAUCAUUGCCACCUGGUGUUUUGUACAUCAAAAUAGUUUGUUUCAACACUGAGCAGAAUCAGCGUAAGCCCGGAGGAAGUGAACUACAUUCCCUUGCAGAAGUGUUGCCUCUGUGUCCACUCCCUGUUCUGCACUGCUAGCAUGCCAGGCUAACAAAAGAGCACAGGUGGCCCUGCCUGUAUGUGGCCGAUCUUGGCAGCAGGGCCUUUUUCUCUGUCCUUGGAGCUUUUUUCGCACAGCACAGUGAGUGUUUGGUACAAGUUUACCUCAGGUGAAUGAAUGAAUGCUGCAUUAUGCUGGUUUGGUGCAUAAAUGACACACGCUUGUCCUCACUGGUUGGGCUUUUAAAUAAUUGAAGUUUGGAGGUUAACACAGGUAAUACCAGGUAUUAAAAAUGCAUGUACAACAACUGGAUUGUAAGUGCAACUGAAAUAUGGAGGAAUGUGUGUCUGAAAUGAGAAAUUCUGCUGUUUUUGUCAUGAAUAAAAAAACCUCAUAGAUUUUAAAUAUACUCCAAUAAAUAAUCAAGAAGUAGAGCUGGAGUUUACUUUUUAAUCUAACUCUUAUGCAAUCUUCAUCUCACUAAAUUUGUCUGAAUAUUAGCAGGUGGGAUUGUUGCAGUGGAUUAGUUGCCUCAAUGGACAUAUUGCCUAACUUCCUGUGUUAUGAAACUGGUCUAGUGGAACUUGCAUUGAGCCUUUAGGAAACAAUAGCCUCUUAUCACAGGAAUGUUGACCCUCCAAACCAGCUCGACUGAAGGAUUUUACCGUACCAAAGGGAGCGGGGAGUAAACCACUAAGUCUCACGGUGAAUAUUAACAAGGGCCUACACAGCACAGGUGUGAACACAAAGAGAAAGAAAAAAGCAGGUGUGUGUUCACGUGCACGCCCAGGGUGAUACUCAGACAUGCUCAGCCACAUGCAUGUACACGGUUUCUCCUCUCCCACACUGAUCUUCAGCGUCUAUCAACCGUUACUUAUUACCGUGGGCGCAGUGGAGUGUGAGGUGCUCUGCAGCUCUCCCUCCUCGCUCACUUUCUUUUUUAUCGCGAACACCAAAGUGCUCAGCGUGACUUUGAAAACUGAAUGAUUUAUUCAAUGGAUUUAGAUGACACCUCAUCCGUUAACCGCAGGCGAAUUUGACUCAUUUAGUCAGAGGGGGCUGCAGGGGGGUCAGGGUGGACUUAAGGUCAGUGAAUUAUGGAUUAUUGUGAGUCAAUGCCACGAAAGUCUGAUUUAUUAGAGGAUGAAUCAGAGUUGUUUGAGGGGGAUGAAUCGAAACAUGUCUUGGAUUAGGGCCUAUGUCCACUUAGUGUUUUUUAAUGGUGCCCACGGUGUCCCAAAAGUCAGAGGUGGGUCAGGGUGGACGUAAGGUCAGUGAGUAAUGGAUUAUUAUGAGUCAAAGCUUCGAAAGUCUAAUUUAUUAGAGGAUGAAUCAGAGUUGUUUGAGGUGGAAGAAACGAAAUAUGUCUUGGAUUAGGGCCUAUGUCCACUAACUGUUUUUUAAUGGUGCUCAUGUUGUCCCAAGGGGGGCUGCAAGGGGGUCAGGGUAGAUUUUUGGUCAGUGAAUUAUGGAUUAUUGUGAGUCAAAGCUUAGAAGCCUGAUUUAUUAGAGGAUGACUCAGAUAUGUUUGAGGAGAAAGAAUCGAAACAUGCCUUGGAUCAGGGCCUGUGUCCACUAACUGUUUUUUAAAUGGCACCCACAGUGUCCCAUAAGUCCGAGGGGGUCAGGGUAGACUUAAAGUUAAUGAUUUAUUAGAAGAUGAAUCAGACACGUUUGAGGAGGAUGAAUCGAAACAUGUCUUGGAUUAGGGCCUAUGUCCACUAACUGAUUCUUAACGGUACUCAAAGUGUCCCAAAAAAGUCAGAGGAGGCUGCAGGGGGGUCAGGGUGGACUUGAGGUCAGUGUCAAAGCUUUGAAAGUCUUAUUUAUUAGGGGACGAAUCAGAUAUGUUUUAGGAGGAAGAAUUGAAAAAUGUCUUGGAUUAGGGCCUAUUUCCACUAACUGUUUUUUUAACGGCACCCAAAGUGUCCUAAACACCUUCAGCACUCUUAGCGGAAAGUAGUUUAACUUCUGAAACAGUGUCCUGCUCAUUAGCGCUGUGUCUCCAGUACCGAUCAAUCAAAAUGAAGAGCCUGCAAGACUGUUAACAACAUUUGUCAUCGACAACUGCAGAGGUCUUGACCAUCCUCUCCGCCCCGUCGUCUAGGAUGCACCACCCCUGCCCCUCAUAACUCAGACAUCCACAGCUUCUCCCUGUCAGCACCUAGAACAUUAUGAUGGAUGUUUAUAUGUACGGGUUCGAGUUUUAGACCGCAGAGGGUCAACUGUCCCCAGCUGUCAGGCUAACAAAUGGCUUUGUUUGGUCCCGGUGGUCAAGGACAACUCAGGAAGGGCAGUAAAGUUGUUGAUGUUUGUGUGUUUGUUACGAGAGAUAAAAUUAGCUUAACGGGAAUCUUUUACAGCUGAUGGAUGAGUUCAUUUCGUGGUGUAAGUGCUCUUGUAGCUCUUCAAGACUUGACAUUUAAAGCCUAUCAUGUUAGCUCGGAGAAAUGACAAAGAUCUGCUCGCAGAGGAAGGAAAUUUGAGGGCAUGAAUAUGGAAACCCGAAAGGAUAGAUCGCAAAGAGCCAAGGGAGGGAUUGUAAAAGGUUAGAGGAACAGCAGCAGGAUACUAAGCUGGAAGAGGCGAGCAGAGGAGGAAGAGCAUCAAAGGACGGGGAAGACAAGGGGAAUGCUGAUUGUAGCUUUGUGUGUGUGCCAGGUGUGUGUGCAAAAGAGAGAGGAAGACAUAACACAGAGGCAGACAACAGUGCACAACAGCAGACACACACCCACUGCUCAUCGGGAUGUUUAUUGCCUGAGCGCUCCCAGGCAUCACGUGUGUUUACACGCCGGGCCUCGCGCUGAGGGAACACUCGUGCGUGACAUGAGAAAUGUCAGAAGGAACAGCGGUACUGCCGUGUUCCUGCCUGCACAGAGGAGCUGGGCAGAAUACAGCCCCCUGGUAACACGGCGGUCUUCGGCUGCUAAUGAGGACAAAUCCUAUGAACUUUGAUCUCGCAUAAUGGCAACUAUUGAUGACACACUGCAGUGCAGCCCCAGCAUCACUGAAGUGCCAUUUAUGAUGCUGCUUCGAGCAAUGGCGUGAGAGACAGAGAAAAUACAGGUGCUGGUGUAGCAGGGGCCUUUAUCAGUCUGGGUGUCCACAUUAAAGAAUAUUGUAGAUUAUUUUUUAUUAAAAAGAGUAUUAUAGAUUUUUACAUUAAUUUAUUAAAGAAUAAUUAAGAUUUUUGACAUUCUUUAUUAACAAAAGUUGUACGUAUUUUAAAUAUUUUUUAUUUAGGAAUAUUAUAGAUUUUUUAAAUUUUUUUGAUAAAGACUAUUGUAAUUUUUUAAAGAAAAUUAAAGAUUCAUUAAAAAAGAAUUUAUGAGAGAAUAUUUUAAAUUUUUAAAUAUAUUGUGAAAGAAUAUAGAUUUUUUUAUUAUUUUAUUGUAGAAUAUUGUAGAUUCUUUAAGUUUUUUAUUUUAUUUUUAAAGAAUAUUAUAGAUUUUUAAAAAAUUAAAUAUAGAAUAUUUUAAAUAGAAAAAUAUUAAAGAAUAUUAUAGUUUUUAUUGUUUUAUUAAAGAAUAUUAAUUUUUUUUAAAUUUAUUUAAGAAUAAUAUUGAUUUAAAAAAUAAUAUUAAAGUUUAUUAUACAUUUUUUAUUUUUUAUUUAAGAAUAUUAAAAGGUUUUUUAUUAAAGAAUAUUAUAGAUUUUUUUUUAUUUCAGGGGCAUUUUUAGUUCAAUUUAAUUUUCACAUUUAAAGAAACAGUUACUUUCAGUUUCAUUCAGAGUUAAAUUUCUACUUAUGUUCCUUUUAUUUUGGACAAGCAUUGAUAAGAGAGGUAAUAAUAAGUCCUUUAACAGGCUCUAUACUCCGAUUCAGAACUUCAUGAAGUGAAGGCUGGUCCUUUAUUUCCCGUCUUACAUUAUUGGACAAACUGAUUAAUCCAGGUGUGACUAAUCAGCGUGACUAAUCAGACACACCUGGACUUAUCAGUUUGUCCAGUAUUGUAAAACAGGGAAUAAAGGAGCUGCCUUAAGUUCAGAAGGUGGUGGAGCUGUGCAUAGAGCCCAUUAGUUUGUUAGGACGUUUUCUACCCCCCAAAAUUAAAAAAAAAAAAUAAUAAUAAUCUUGUUUUAAUUUUAUUGUUUAUUAAGAGUUUUAAGAGGUUGCAAAGGAGGAAUCUAUCAACUACCAAGAAGCCGUUUUUGUGGUUUGGCUUAAUAUCUUGUCACUGUCUGAUCCCUUUUCUGUGUUUUUAUGUUUGUCUUGUUCCCUCAGCAGUGUAAUCCAGGUGACCUCCGCGCUCUGAGGAAGGGGAUGACCCUUUACCACUCAGAAUCUCAGCUGUCCUCGCUGCCCCAGCGCCAGGACGCCAUGCACAUGGUCAGUACCCGAGAGGCUAUCGCACACGCACUCACAAAGAUUCAUACUGACGCGCACAAAGGGGGCGCCCACUCACUCCACUUCUUUCUCAAAGUUCAGCGCUGCUUCUUCACAAAGGUGGUGAGCUACAGAGACGGGGUUUAAUUGCAGACACACAUGCAAACUUAAUUGUAGAGAAAGCUGCGCCCGGUGCCUCCGCAGUGGAAUCAGUCAAGUCAGCUCUAAUUCACUUUACUUGUAACUCUCCAAUUAAACCUCCACAGGCAACCUCACUCUCUUUCGCAAAUGACAGGAAAUGAAACGCACACGCAGAGAAAAGCGAGGGAAGAAAAAGAGCGAGUGAAAAGGAGGGAGAAAGUAAAACAGAAUAAAAACGAGGAUUGGAAGUUAAGAGCCGCCUCUCCUCUUCCUCUCAUAUCCUGGCCCUUUAGCUCCCUCCUCCUCCUCCCUGGUGCCUGUUUGAACUGAAUCCUACUAUGAAAGUAAUAAUCCUCUAAAAUCCACUGCCACCCCUGACCCCGUCAUUGUCUGGGAAGGAGAGGCUGGGUAAUUGUUUUCUGACUGCUUAGGGGAGGUCAGAGCUGGGCUACGCCACUAACCAGAGGAAUAACCCAUCCCUGUGUAUAAAAAUCAAUAUUGCGGUUUAAUCACAGACCCUCGGCGCGGGGCACAGGUCGAGUGCGAUCAGAGUCAACUCGCACCUUUUAAGCUCGCGGGUCAAACCUGCCUCCUUGUGGGGGGCUCACGCUGCUCAAUAAUGUUCAUGAACCGUGACCCCACAGGAGGUCUGUCCCUGUAGGACGAAGGAUAAACUGCAAAUUAUCUCGAUAGUUGCCUCCCUGCAUGUAAUUUUAUCACGCAGGUUCACAGGAAACAAGGUCAUGAUAUUGGCUCUGUGCAAAGAUGACAUUUAACGUCACCGAGACUAAAGGAGAAAGUAGAUUUAUGCGACUACCUGUGACUGAAACCAGGUUGAAGCAUGCAAACUAGUCUUCUAGUUCCGAAAUGUUUUCACUUGGUAACUUUAAAACUAGCUAGAAAUCAAAAGUGAAGUCAUGGAUGUCGGAUUUGCAACAACAGGAUUAUUCAUGAUCAAAACAAAAGCCCAGAAAAACUCAGAAAAAGUUGUUCUCUUGAUUGUUCAUGAUUUCUCUGUCGUCGUGACGGCUCCUCAGAGACGUUUUCUCACGCUGAGCUGUGUGAUGAUCGAUUUCCUGCUCUCUGAUGUGACUCAAGUUCAUCCAUAUGAGAAAGAUGAGAGACGGGAAGUGAAAGGCUACAACAGCAGAUCUUCAGUGAACCCAUCCCAGUCUAUCAGCUCACGCUUUAUAUUCAGCCCUUUUGUCCGAUUCCGGCUCAGUUUCAGGUCAUGUGUGUGCGUGAGAGCGUCGAGGAGAAAAGUAGUGAGAAAGAAAGAAAAGAGGAAAGAUGGACGGAGAAAGGAAGCGGCCGGCUCGCGUGAUCCUCGCAAACCCUCGACGGGUCAGAUCUGAUUCUGUAUGCUGAAACAACAAACCGAUGACUCUGACGAUGUUUGUCGUCCUCCCCUUCUCAUCCAGAAUCAGCCUGUUUAUGCGGGGAAGCCCAUCACAAAUGUACAUCCAUAUGAUCAGUAAACAUUGCCCCGAGCUGGCUGUGUUUUUGUGCCGUCUAAAUCUGUUUCUUUGCUGCAGCACAAAGUAAACGGAAGACUCUGACCGGAUGCUCGCGGGAAUUGUUUACACAUUUGAAAUGAUAGCUUUACACAACAGAGGAGAGCAGAGGCGACAGCUAUUUACAUAUUUCUCCAUGUAGAAAAGUAAAAGCACAGUAGAGCUGCACUGGCUUUUUAUCUAUUUGUUUUGACCUUUAAAGACAGAAAACACACUCACACAACAGAGUAACAUAUGAUUUACUGUCCUCCACAUCACUCAUACCCAUACUUCUACAAGCUCACAUCACAUAGAUGCACUCUAAUUAUUGAAUUAAAGCACUGAAGUAGUUGCAUAUUUUUAAUGCAACUCUUAAAUAUAAAAUACAAGUAAAAGUGUGCAAAAUUUGAAAAUGUAUUUCAUUGCAUUGCACCAUCCUGCAGCAUCUGCCAUAAUCAAUGGGGCUGAGACGAUAUGCUUUUCUCCAGAUUCGAUUCUUCUACAAUUUUUUGGAUGCCGAUUCUUUUUAAAUUUCUACAACAUUGUCGAUUUUCUCGAUUUUUAGUCUGCAUUUUUAACACCAGUAAAACAGUUGAAUGAUUAUAAUUGUCUAGUGAUUAUUCCAGGACCCACAUUUCCCCCAAAAAUACACAUCACAUGUAAGUUAGUUUUUUAAGAUUUAAGGUCCUUACACACCGGGAGUGACGCAAAUAUACGACGGCGGGGGGGAGCGUCCCGGAUGGAAGCGAGAAGACUGACACAACAGCAGACUGAGUGAUAGCAUGUACUGAGUCGGGUCAGUACCAGAUAAGCACAUUAAACUAUAAUCCGUAAUCGUAAGGUAACAACCGAGACCUAAUGGUGCUGUGACAGCAACGCGAUUGAGUUUGAGACAGUGAAAAUACAUAUGGCAUGUUGUAUCGGAACAGGUUAGCUUCCAAGCUAAAGCUACUUAGCACAGAUGAGAGAUAAAACAAAGACGUUUAGCAAACUGUUAAAGCACACAAACCAUCGUCAUAUGAGAAAUCCGACGCUAUGACUCUCCACAAGUUGUCCUUCAGGUCGUUAUCUUUGUAAUGUCUGUUCUCCGACAUGUAAACAAUCAGCCGGUCGGCCAUGUUGGAUAUACCGGUGAAUCUGACGUCGCAACAACAAGCAAUCUGAUUGGUCAGAAGUGGAAACAUAGCAUGUAAAACUUUAGAAAAAUCGACCGUUGUACGAAAAAAUAUAUGUCGCAAUAUCGCAGAACGGGAAAACAUUGCUGAUGUGAACGCUUUUAUUGACAGGAAAGAUUGUUUUUUGAACAAAAAAAAAAAACGAUGUAUUAAUUGUUAAACAAAAAAUUGCGAUAUCUGAAUCGAUUUUUCUCUCCAAUCCCUAAUAAUCAAUCAAUCAAUCUCUAUUUAAUGAAACUAUAAAAGUAAAUUUUUUACCUUUUUGUGUCAAAAAAAGGUCAGUUUUUUUAACUCUCGCUGGUGCAUUCAAGGUCAUUUUGUGCAUGAGGAGAAACCUGUUUGAUGACAGAAAUAUCCAACUUUUAUUUUAACCUUUUUAUUUUGUGCAUUAUUACCCGGACUCAAAACUCAUGAAUGAAAUCUCUUAUGACAGGCCGCUCAUCUCUGUGCUCUCAGGCAGGGCGUAUCUGAAUUGUUAAUGCCGUAAGUGUGUGUGGAUACAGCAAUUCUGCUUUAUUUCUGUUUUUAUUGUUAGAGUCAAGACUUCAACAACCUUUUUUAAAUAUAAAACUGCUGUAAUCUUUAGAUAUUCUUCAAAGGGCAUCAAGUAUGUUGUUUACAGGCAAAAUCUGCAGGACCAAACAGGACGCAAAAACAAUUUUCAUGCGGUUUAUUCCAUAUGAAUUAACCGCUGAGCCUCCCUCUCUGCUGCAGUAGGAUUAUUAUUUUAUCUCGGUGCUAUUAGGUUGUGUGGGCUCAUUCUGGCACCUAAACGGGGCCAGUGGGUGCGGAGGGAGCUGACAGGCGCAUCACUAGUGAGCGGGGAAUUGAACUCGGGCUAACAGAGCCACGGAGCUGUGUCUAAUGCAGGGCCCCGAUGCCAGGUUACACUGAAUGGUGCCAUUGUGUGUCCCAGGGAUCUCUGUGUCCCUCUAACAGAGAGCCACUGUCUGGAACUAACCAGGGGGUUGGAUGAGUCAAGCAAACCCCCUGCUCCCAUCACAGCAGGUUAAAUCACACUGUGCAGGUAGCAGACCUGGCUGGGGAGUUGAAGAUGUAGUGAACGUAAAAGAAGGAAAGAGAGAAAUAAAAAAGAGAAAGGAUGAUGUGAGUCAGAAUGAAAGGGAUGGCAUUUUCAGGGAUGCACUACAAGAAACGUCUCCUGUUUCAUCAGGAGCGCACGCACCCUGUUAGACAGAGACGGCAGCUGAUUUCCUGUAGUUGAGCGAGGUUUCCUGGAAUCGUCUCACAUGACGGGCUACGUGAGGUGCUGCUCAUUUGACCCCCGGGUUAAACACUGUGACAGCAGAAUUGAUGAGAUAAGAGUGUGACAGACUGCAGAGGAAGGAUGCUGUGUGACGGUUUGUCUCCUCCGCUCUAAAAUCGUCACUCUUCUUCCUCCUCCUCCAAACAGGGUACCGGUCGUCUCCCAACCAGUGAGUCCUCUCCUGCCACAGGCUACCUGUCCUGCGUCCAGAAGCCUGAGGCUGUGGUGCACGCCAUGAAGGUACUAUAUUCAUUUUAACUCAAAUUUGAAAUCUUAAAGGGAUAUUCUGGCGUAAAAUUAAUUUAGGGUCAAACACACCAUAACACUGAGUUGGACACCCCCUCGAGAGAUGAAUGUUGCCGACCGCUUGCUACUUUAGUAAUGACUGCAGGAGAGUAAUACAUAGUGGUCUGCGGAGCCAUAAACAAACCUCAACCAAAACGCCACAAAUAAUGCUCAGAACAGCACCUAACUUCAUCAACAGGACAUAUAGGGUCCCAGCCACCAAACAUCUUUUUAGCUUUGCCUAAUUUCUUUAGCAAAGAGACUAAACACAACUCACCUACUCUCUUCCAACAGCCGCUUGUUUGUAGCGAGAGCUCGGGCCAGUCCAUUUCAGACUGCUGUGGGGUGACGCAGCUCAAGGAAGAACAUUAAUGAUCAUUUCUUUAUCAUUUCCUUGAAGUAAUAAUCACCAUUGUUUGUAUGGAGACCUUGGACGAGUCGAUCACCGACUGCUGCGGGGUUACGCAGCUCAAGGAAGAACAUUUAUGAUCAUUUCAAUAUGGAAAUGCAACCAGACCAAGACGCUAAGGCAGAAGAACUAUCGCAUCUGCAGUGAAAAAUGAUAAAUAUGGUGAUUAUUACAUCAAGGAAAUGAUCAUAAAUGUUCUUCCUUGAGCUGCGUAACCCCCGCAGCAGUCUGAAAUGGACUGGCCCGAGGUCUCACUACAAACAAGCAGCUGCUGGAAGAGAGUAGGUGAGUUAUGUUUAGUCUCUUUGCUAAAGAAAUUAGGACGGGCUUAUAAUUAAUUAAUGCUAAUAUUUAGCAUUAUUUCUGUCUAUAGAGUGGUGUUUUGGUUGAGGUUUGUUUAUGGCUCCUCAGACCGCUGUGUAUUGCUAUCCUGCGGUCGUUACUAAAGUUGGUAUAACUAGAGAAGCAAGCAGUCGGCAACAUUAAUCUCUCGAGGGAGUGUCUAACUCGGUGUUACUGUGUGUUUGACCCUAAAUUAAUUUUACGCCAGAAUAUCCCUUUAAUGACUAUGUUUUAUUGAUCAUCACUUAUGUUUGCCACCAGGUGCUGGAGGUCCACGAGAACCUGGACAAGCAGGUCCCCGAGGACUACGAGGACGAUCUCAGCGAGAAAGAGAAGGCUAUUGUGCGAGAGAUGUGCAACGUGAGUGAAACGCCUUCCCCCCCUCUCUGCUUUGCGAUUCUUCUCCCUGUAUCCCCCGAGCGCUUUGCUUUUGAUUCUACCUCCCCAUAUGCCAUAAAAAGACGGCGGUCUCAGAUGCUGUGAAUGCACGAAAAAACAUAUUUUCCAGAAGGACGAAGGGAGAGCACGAGCUGAGCGUGUGAUACGCCGUGCAAGUCAUCUGAAUAACUUACGUAACACAUCACAAAUCCAGGAGUAAAUCUGAAGUCAGGAUGUUCAUGCAUGUUGGUUAAAUGUGUCACACCCUUCCUGUACGAUGUGCUCUUUAUAUCGUCGUAAACAAAGACGCUUUAUGUCCAGAACGUUCCUGUUUUUUCUGUCUGAUGGUCAGAUUUUAAAUUCUGUUCCGCUUGGUGCAAAUCAGGUCAUCCUUUGAGCUGAUUCCACUAAUGAGGAAGCCUCAUUUAGACUAAUUUGGUUUGGAAUGACACUUGCACUAGUGUCCCCGGCACAGCGCUCCCACUUGCCUCCUUCUUUCUCUCUAUCUAUCCCUCCAUCACCCUCCCUUUAACUCCGCCGUCCCAGCUCCGCGGCCAACUCUUCGCUGUAAGUAGGAGCUCGUAGUUGAGCUGUCAGAGCAAUUAAAGCAGAGCGGCAGGGAAAAGAGCACCCACCACCCCACCCCACCCCUCCAUUCUUCCUCUCCUCCCUCCAUCUUUCUCUGUCGGUGCUGAAAGGCCCGGUCUGGGAUAAAAGGUCUGCUGAUUAGGGGGAGAAUGAGAGCAGGGCUAUCUGGGCCCUGCAGAGGUAUGUGACAGGCCAGGAAUCUGCGGGGCUCUACAAUGGUACCUCUGUCAUAUCACAGGGGUCUCCUGGGGGCCCCCUUUUCCUUUAGUCCAGAGAGAUCUCAGCUCCAGCAGAGACAGAGGACAGAGAUUCAGAGAUAUCUCCUCUCUAACAUGGAUGUGUGUGUGCGUGUGUGUUCAGACUCUGCAGCUCGAAGCCAAACUGUGAGCAUUUGAAGAUUUCACUCUUGAAGAAGAAAGUCUUUUUUUUUUUCUGUUUUCAGCCUCCCCUCGCUCUUCCUUCAGUGUCUGACUCUGAGUCUGCCUGUGUCGCUCUUCCCCUCUCUCUCCCCUCUCUCAAACUUCUGUCUCUGCUCUCCUUUUGCAGGUGGUGUGGAGAAAGCUGGGUGAUGCAGCAGGAUCAAAGCUGUCCAUCAGACAGCACCUCUCUGGGAACCAGUUCAAAGGGCCGCUGUAGCACCGCAACCAGAUGAAGAAAGAGAGAGAGAGAGAGGGGGAGAGAUCAGGAUUUACAGUACCUACACUCACCUGAAAACACCUCGUACUUCUCGCGCCUACACAACCCAUCAUGCCAUGCUCCCUACUGCCUACAGCACCCAGCAUUCCUUCAACGAAAGACUGGCUAAGAAAGCGACUUCACGGACCUGUUCGUGUGUUUCAAUCCCAGAUCUUAUGAGCGUCGACAACUGGCAGCUAGUUUCACCGAUUCACCACUUCUAUUUGUUGAUUUCUGAGGCUUCCGGCUCUCUCUCUUAAAAACGCCGUAAACACCACCCCUUAAUCGUCCUUUUAUAGCCUAGCUGUGCUACACAAAACUCACGAUACGACAUGGUUUAAAGCACAGACGUGAUGAUGAUGAGGCCACAGGGGCAGAAACCCCAUCCCUUGUCGCUCGGGAGGUGGCGGUAUCUUCAGAUAAGUUUUGAUAGUACCUCCUAUAGAGACCUUAGCUCCUGUCACAUGUAUCGCCCCCUAGUGGUCAACGAGUAUAACUAGCAUUAGCGUUCUAAAGUGUUAACUAAUGUGAAACCCACUGUGACCUAGCGCCUUUUGCUCAUAAUAAGACAAGUCUAUGGAUAAUAAAGUCUAGAGAUCACUGUUAACUUGUGUAUAUUCUGUAUAAAACCAUAGCACUACUCAUUGUUAUUGUUGAUUUUUUUUCUUUUAUCUAUUUUGUAUUCUAGCGUGGCCAUGUGAUCAAUGAUUUAGUUUGAAUCGCACACAAACAGCCGGACCUUAAACAGGGUUUGCUUUUGGUAGAAAAGAAAAAAAUAAAUCUGUUUUCUUUUUUUUAUUCUUUUUCAGAUUAAUUGCUGUUAUUCCUUUUUAUUUUCUGUAAACCUCUGAAGAUGUAUCACGGCCAUUCGGAGUCAAACCAUCUCCAUGCAUUAAUCGAUAGAUGAUUUUCUUACUAUGUUGGAUUAACUAAAACUGUAUGCUGUGUGCAUGCUUGACAAUCAUUUUCUCAGGUUGGGAGGGCUACAGCUUUACCUUUGCCCAUCUGUAACUGAGUGUGUGUGUGAGAGUGAGUGUGUAAGUGUGUGUGUCUGUGUGUGUGCAUGGGGACUGAAUGUUCCUCUUACAGCUGUAGCAUCUACCUGUGAAUCCUCCUUUUCUCUAUUGAACCCUGGUUACAACUCGGUUUCAGACUGCUGAAGGCGUUUGCUGAAUCCACACAAAAAGCUUUGUCUCAGUAAAGAUAAGAUAAUAAAUCAAAGUGAAACAGAUAAUGUCCAAGUCGAGAAAAUAGUCCCUCCUUCUGAGCACACUCCUUUUCUGUUGUCUCGGAUUCAGCAGGUGUGUUUACGCAGCGCAUGUUUCUUCAAGUUGAAUCUUUUUUUUUCUUAGAUUAUGAGCGAUAAGUCUUCCCUUAGGUGUCUCCUGAAAACACUAAUGUUUAAAAAUGAGUAUUUCUUGAUGUCAGAAUGAACAAACGCUGUUUGUCAAAGUAUUUAUUGCCAGGUGUUAGAUAGAGAUGGGAGCGCUAUCAGUGACUAAACAGUCUUAUUUUAGAUUUAUCAGAUUUACUUAAACUGUAAAAAGUUAUUUCAUAGAUGCGUUUAGUGACUGACAGCUCCAGCUCUCCCAUCUCUAGUGUUAUUUGUUCCAAAUUAGAACAUUUCUAAGGCUUUUGCCAUGCACCUCUCUUCUUUCAAAUGAUGGCUCGAAAAUAAAUCAAAGUAUGGUUUUAUAAAAGUGUCCUUUUUUCUAGGAACUAAUUUGAAGCCAUGAUAAAAAAGAAUUUUGAAUACUUUAUAAAAGGCAUUUGAUUUAAAAUGUGCCACAUUUUUUCUGCAUGGUGUUUUGAUUUGGAACUCAACUGUCUUUUUUUUUUUUUAAACUUCUAUAGUAUUUCUUCUUUUCUUUUUUUCUUUCUUUCUUUCUGCCUAUAUGCUAAAACCACAGUACAGAAUCCUAGAAUCUACAGAGUACAAGUCAACCCCUGUAGUAACUAGCAUGGCUGUGACUUCUUUUCUCAGACUUCACCAAUAAGACAUAUUUGGCAGGUGAAAAGAAAACAUCAAAUAGGCCACUUUUAGAAGAAAAAAAAAUAUGGGAGAAAAUAAACAAAGUUGGUUAAUGAAAUUGUGAAAUUGUGUUGUUUUUGUG